GGACAUACAAUAAAUUGGACACACCCCGACCUAUUGAAAAGACCAGCGGCCAAAUUGUUAGAUCAUCGUAAGUAUUUUCUUAUGAAUCCCACCAUCCCCAUCUAAAUGAAAAAGAACAGGAAAGGUACAGAAGAGAGUAUUAUUUCUGUCAGAUUCCUGAAUAAUCUUUUAAGGGACAAUUUUAUGUUUUUCAGAGCUAGGUCCAUAGGUCCAUUUGGCCUAGGAGCAUAUGAAUCCAUCCCUUUCCUCCAAGUCAUUGAUUGUUUUAUAAUUUGUCAGGGUGGGGGAGUGUUGAAACUCUUGGCAAUUGCAUUGUGUCAUAUUCUUGGCUUGCACUAAAGAAGGGGGAGGAACAUGGAGACUCUGUAUCUUGUCCCAGAACUGAUAUUUCACUUACAACGUAACUCUCCUGCAAAGUCUUUAAAAAAUAUAACAUUGCUGAAUGAGGCUUAUGUUUGAGGCAAGGCCAGAUGUGAAUUAAGAACACCCUGCUAAACACACAGUGUUCUUAGACAGAUACAUAAUGCCAUUCCGUUGAGACCAUGAUGGAAGAGCUCUUUGAACUGCAUCCUUGGAAGCAAGAGCAUGAAGUCAGCAGGUGAUUUACCUCUGCACGCAACAGCUUUUAAGAUAUCAUUGAACAGAGGAAGUGAUAUUAUUAAAACAUAACCUCUUCAGAGCUUUAAGAAUGAAAUACAGAGGGGCUUUACUGUCAUGUUCACGCAUUCAGGGUUUUUCUUUUGUUUUGCCAAUUUAUUUUUUAACGUUACAAAGUUGAGGGAGGACUCAUGUUGCAAAUGCGAAGAAGGGGUAUUUUCCAAUCCCUCCUUGGUGUAUCUCAUUUUGGACUUUGUGUUGGAUGUUUUCAUUGUAUCAAUGUCAUUAUGAUGAAUGAAAGUGAUGGUUCCAGCUUCUAUACUAGCUGUUUUAAUACAAACUAGCAAUUAACCCACCAGUCAUAGGUGGACAUAGAGUGUUGGCUUGCAAAGAGCAAGGACCUGUGCAGGGGCAAUGGAUCCUCACUCGUUCUGUAUUAACCAUGAGCUCCCUGAAUGGUAGGACCAGUCCAAGUGUUGCCAAGGGUAGAUUCUGCCCUUAUGCUAGCAGUGGGGAACCAUGUUCCAGAUGUUGCUGGGAUCCAACUCCCAUCAUCCCUGUCUGUUGGCCAUGCUUGGUGGGGCUGACAAACACCUGGAGGACCACAGGUUCUCCAGUCAUGCCUUACAGAAUAAGGUUGCCAUGUACUUUUCCAAUGAGAGUGAAUGGCAGCCAUAUGGGGCAAACUGAAAGAGGACACUACUGAGACCAAACCUGCUUUACAACCAUGGUGAACCCAGCCAUUGAGAAUAUCCCCUUUUCCUAUUUGCAUAGGCUCUUCUGGAUCUGGGGUUUUGGUCAUGUUGGGGUAUGAUACAGUCCUGGGGGGGAAAGUUGAGAAAUGUCUUAUAUAUGAAGGAUUACUCAGUAUAACAAAGGUGUAGGAUCGUGAUGUUAAUGUGGCCAAAACAGCUGAGAAACAAGAUGGAGGUAUCAGUGUGAGUGGGUUGGGGGUGGAGAAUCACAGAAUUGUUGACUUGGAAGGGAUCCCAAGAAUCAUCUAGUCCAACCCCCUGCAAUGCAGGAAUCUCAACUAGAUCAUACAUGACAGGUGGCCAUCCAACUUCUGCUUUAAAACUUCCAAGGAAGGAAUGACCACCACCUCUCAUGGGAGUCUGUUCCACUGUCAAACAGCUCUUACUGUCAGAAAGUUCUUCCUGAAGUUUAGUUGCAAUAUCCUUUCUUGCAACUUGAAUCCAUUGGUUUGGGUCCUAGCCUGCAGACCAGGAGAAAACAAGCUUGCCCCAUCCUCCAUGUGACAGCCCUUUAGAUAUUUGAAGAUGAUUAUCAUAUCUCCUCUCCAUUCUCAGUAGCCAGAAAAUGUUGAGCAUCUGUUGCAGGGAGCUGGAGAAAACCAAGGAGAUUCAGAAUGGAGUGUCCUGGAAGAAGUAAUUAGCAGCUGACUAGAACCGGUCCCAGCUAUAUUUCAGAAUUCCUAUCUAGCAGGUGUUUAGGUGUUCCCAAUUGCUUCUGAAUCUAACAAAACAUAAGAAGUGUUUUUGUGCUUUGAUGGUGCUUGUGUUUGCCAUUUCCUCCUGGUCCUUCAAACGUUCUGGGGAAGAAUGUGACUAAAUUGUCACUGAUGUCCAGGAGAGAUCAGUUCACUGCAGCUGCUUUGUGCUGCUCCAGUAACACAAAGCAGCUGCUAAUCCUAAUUUAAACAGCAUUUAUACAAGGGUUUAGAGCUGCUUUGGUAGCUGGACCACACCCAAUCCAUUUGGCCUUGCCCUUUGCAGUUGAACCAUACUAUAUCUGUUGAUUUAAACCCUCUGCAAACUGACAACUGUAACACUGCCUGGGUUUACCUAUUAGCUGCCAGGAUCAAUAAGAUACUCAGGGUAGGGCUCCUGUGCUUUUAACUGUUAUGCAAAAGAGAGCAUUUUGGGGGAGGCAGGGGCAACUCUGUGAGUUACAGUGGUUAGAGAAGCUUUGUCUUCUGUUGAAUCUGGCAACUCUCUUUUCCCUACACUUUCAGGAACGGUCUUCAUAACAAAGGGACUGGAAAGCCUUUAGAGACUUUGGACUCCGGACAUUUUCCGUGUUUUUCUACCCCUCCCCACCCUACAACUUCCCUCAGCGGAUUGAUUUGCAUGACCUUUGACUGCCUGGGAUGUGGCUUGGCUUGAUCCCUGCCCUGGUUGUCUCACACAUGGUGGGAGAAUGUCCAUUUCCAAUCAAUGGAGGCUUGAGUCCAGGCCUCUGUCUGGAAGCCCUGGGCUCUCAGUGCCUUUCCCCCACCAAUCCCAGAUAUGUGUGGGCAAAACGCAAUUACUCAGGGAAGAACAAAAUGCACCCAACACAUGUUCAGUGGUGCCCUGUUAAUGACUUCACAUGUUCCCGGAAUGAGCCCUAUAUUUGAAAGUAGCUUCUGUGACUGACCCCGCAAACAAAGUUUGGCUCAAGUUAAACCCUGGUGGGUGCAGAUGUGGUUUUCUAAUUCUGUACAAGCCACACAACCGGACAAUGCUGAAAAACUGACCAGGCAGGCAGGAAGACUCAUUGCCCCAAACAUUACUUAUCCUAGGACCUUAGAAAAUAUUUCCUUAUUGUGAAGGAAAGCAAGGGUUUUUGUAUAACUUAACAUUGUCACAUUUAUGCUGCAUUCACAUUGCAGUUUAUUCUAUUUUCAUGACUUUUCCCUGUUAAUGUCCACAUUACAUUUGAGCUUUCGCAUGCUGUAAAAACCACUUCCAGCAUUAUAGUGGAAUAUAGUGCAAGUUUAGCACUCAUUUCCAUACUAGUUAUAAACAGAUUAUUAUUUUUCUGGAAGCAAAUAAUAAGGAAAAGAGCAUUGAACUUGGAGUAUAUUACAUUAUAGUCCCAGAAGUUGCUUUUACAUUGUGUGAAAUCUGAACUAUGAUGAGGAACUUAACACUUAGGGCAAAGUCAUGAAAAUGGAAUGAACCGCCAUGUGAAUGCAGCCAUAGUCUCUGUUUCAAUAUAAUGUGAGCUAUCUUGGAUGCAACUCUACCAAGUCUGAAUCAACAUCUGGGGACCCAUGGUUAGAGAAGACUGGUGUAAACAAUACUGAGCUAGGUGGUCCAAUGGUCUGCCUGUGUAAGGCAGUUUCCUAUGUUCCUAUAUUCUAUGUUCCUAUAACCUGCCUCUGGGCUUCCCAGAGACAUCUGAUUGGCCAAUCAGGAAAUGUGGUGAUGGACUGAAUGCAAUAAAUCCUCAGCCAUACCCAGCUAUUAGUCAUAAAUGGGCCACUGAAGGAAAGAUUAGGCCUGGAAGCCUAUGUCCUUCUCCCACCUUCGUUACACCUUUGGCCUGCCAGCAUCUGCAUUCUCAUACAAUAUGUUUUAAGGGUUCACCCAGAACAUAAAACAUGACUGCGCAGAACAUAAUUGCAAGCAUGAUAUGCAGGUGCUCUCGCCCCGGAAACCAGCAAUGUCACUUUCCAUUGCUCCUGUCAUGGUGGUGAUGCCCUGAAAGCUGGACCAGCUUCUUUCUGUGGUACAAGAUGAAAAGAAAAUGUAUCUCUUUAAUCAGACCAGCAUCUUGAUAUUCCCUCUGCAUGGAUCCUAAGUCUUAUUCUUAGCCCCAGCAAUUAAUGAGGUGGGAAGUAAGGAAGGAUUUUAAUCUACCGAAGCUUGUAGCCCCUGCCGUGUGCUAUCUUGUCUAUGGAACCAGGCUUGUGUAUCCAAUAACACAAAAAUUGGUCCAGGACACCAAGUGCAUAGUGGGUUCUCACUAUCAGCCAACUAGCUGUUGCAUUGGGGACAGAAUCACCCCAGCAGAAAUUGCCUGCCAAGCAGAAAUUACUGGACGUGUGCUCUGUGAUUAUGGAAACAACAUAUGCGCUUGGUAAAAAUGCACCCUGCACAUACAAAGAAAUUCCUCUACUAUCAGGUCAGCAGGGACCUUUUUCAGCCGAAGGGCCACAUUUCCUCCUGGGCAACCUUCUGAGGGACCGUGUGCCAAUGGUGGGUGUGGUCCAAGGCAAAAAGUGGGUGACGCAAUGCAUCUUCAGCAGGCUGCAUUCCAGCCACACACAUACACACCUCUUUCAAGAAACUCAAGAUGUGUUAUUACGGUUCAAGGAUACAUUCUACCCAGGCAAAAGCAUUCAGAUCAUGGAGCAGGAUGGCUAUGGGAUGUGGCCUGGGGACACUCCUGAGAUGCCUUGAGGGCCACGUUGAACCCCCAGGUCAGAGGUUCUCCACCAGUGCUCUAGUCUACCAAAACUCUUUGGGCCCUCAAAAUUCCCCAGAUGUUAUCAUUUGAGGCCAAAUGCUUCUGAAUUCACUUUUAAUGUCACUUCAGGAGAAAUCUAGUGAUGUUCCAGACUGUGUGAGACCCGUUGAUUAAUUUAUUUUAUGGAUUUGUUGCGUUUAUAUCCCACUUUUUCUCCAAGGUGGCGUACAUGGUUGUCCCUCUCCUCAUGUAAUCCCCACCACAACCCUGUGACGUAGAUCAGGCUGAGUGUCAGUGACUGGGCCAAGGUCACUCUGUAAGCUUCAUGGUCAAGUGGGGAUUUGAACCCUGGUCUCCCAGGUCCUGGUCUGACACUUUAACUGCUGCACCACACUGGCUCUCUAAUGCUAAUGCUCUUAUCAAAUCUCUAAGUUUUCCCUUUGCCAAAUUUGCUUUAAAGUUCACUUUUGUCAAAAGCACCAGGGGUCCUCCGAACACAUGGCACAUGGCAACCAACUCUCACAGUAAAUAGGAGGUGGGAGAGGAACAGUGUGGACCUGGUGGGUGAAGCAGAAUGGGAAAUUUCCCAAAACAGGCCAUGCUUCAGGAUUCUACUGGGAAACUCUGAUGCAGUCUCUCUCUCUCUUUUACUUCUUUGGCAGGUGAAGAUGCACACUGUGUCCUACAUUCAUCUCUUCUACUUUGGCCUGUGUUUGCUUACAUUAACCAGCUCCUCUGCUGCUGCUGCCCCAGAGACACUUUGUGGUGCUGAGCUGGUUGAUGCUCUUCAAUUUGUCUGCGGAGAAAGAGGAUUUUAUUUCAGUAAGUUUGAACAUUUGCUACCAUUUCCCUCAUACAAUCAGUUCUAAUCCCCUCUCCCCUCGCUUUUCAUGGGGAUACAGUUAUUUGAGGCUUGCGUAUGCAUAGUUCUAGCAAACCAUGCACAAAAUGUGGCUUACUCUACUGAACCCCAGAGCUCUUCAAAAUCCAAAGGUCAAGCAAAGCACAAUAUUUGGUCUAAGUUCAGCAUCUUCCCUCUGCCCUCCACUCCCAGCCGGAUUUAGGUUUGAUGAGCUACUGAAGGUAAUGGGGCCGUUUAUAUGUCCAGCUGUCCUUCGUCAACAACAAAGUGUUGCUUUUUUGUGUUGAAGAUAUGCUAUAUGGUAAUUUAUGGACCUAAUAGGUGUCUAAAGCCAUUUGCACAUAACAAAAUAUGUAUUUUAUCAAAGUAAUUGUUGAACUGAAAUACAAUUAAUACAGGUGUUUUCCUUUACAUUUUUGGGGGGCCCCCAAGAGAGUGGGGCCCUAAGCUAUAGCUUGUUUAGCUUAUAUGUAAAUCUGACACUGCCCAGCAACCUUUAACACUGUUAUUUCCCUCAUCCUCCUGUUGUAUUUGCUAGGAUUCCCACCCCCACCUCCGGUAGAACAUGUUGCAUCUGGCAACUCUUGAGAAGUGCAGCACAGCACUUUUAAGCAAGUGACAAAGAGGGUUCCACCUUGCAUUGCCAAACUCGCUUUACUACAGCAUCUGGUCUGAGCGGUUGUAUGAAUUGACGUUUAUUGAAGUGGGAAGUGUGGGAGACAGGAAAUGACUGCAUAAAGCAACUGCUAGGAGAUGAGUGUUUUGCAUUGAUCAGUCCUUGCUAUUGCCUUGGCUUCAAUAGGUUUGGGUAGCAGGGAUAGGAAAACACCUGCAUUGGAUUCUAGAAAGCUAGGUGAUCAUGUGACUGCAUGGAUAAAGGCCAUUGCUUGGCCGGAGAAGAGCACUAGAGUAGCUAUGUGGCUUCUCCUCUCUGAUCCUUAAGGUGAAUUCAGCUAAUAUCUAUAAGAGUUUCGGUCUUUGAUUAAAAGGAUUUGCCCUUGGUUAUCAAUAGUGGAUCAGUUGCAGAGUAGUGAUAUUUAGCAGCUAGGAAGCUACAACAUAUGCCAGGGUACAGUGUAAAUGCAGCACACACAAGGCUUCCAUUCCAGAGGCAGUGUGUAUAAGCAAAGUCAUAUAUAGCCGAAUACUGCUGGUUGGUGGAGGGUGGAGACACCCACAUGCAAAGGCCCUCCCUGUGUCUCCACUGCUUUCCUCGAUUUCUUUGUUCAUUUGUUCUCUGUUGCUCCAGAGGGCUGGGCUUGAACCCAUUGGUGGAAAUGGCAAGGAAAGUGAUUUGGAUUAAACAUUAGAAGAGACUUCCUAGUGAUAAGGGUUAUUUGACAGUGGAACAGUGGACUGCCUUGGGAGGUGAAGGGGUCUGCUUUGCUGGAAAUAUUUAAGCUGAGGCUGGACAAGCAUUGUAGUUGAAUCCUGCAUGGUGGAUAUGGCAUUGAGCAGGGAGUUGGACAAGGGUCACAUCCAUGCCACGCAUUUAAAGCACUCUUAUACUCUUUAACAGUCAUGAAGAAUCCUGAGAAUUGUAGCUUUUAAGGGUGCUGGGACUUAUAGCUCUGUGAUGUUGAUACACUUCACAAACUGCACUUUUCAGGUUUCUUUGAAGGGUGCCAUGACUGUUAAAGUGGUAUAAGAGUGCUUUAGAUGUACGGUGUGGGUUGUGACAAGAUUGUGACUGUCUCUCUCUCUCUCUCUCUCUCUCUCACACACACACACACACACACACAAAGCCACUUCCUUAGGAAAUCAAAAAGCAUCACUCUUAGUGGGGAGGUUAAAACUGAAGCCCAAACAAUGGAUAUUUUACUAUCAGGGAGAAUACCCAAGUAGAAAACUCUUGUCUAACUUUAGGGGGUUCUUUAUCAUGCUUGGCCUCACUUCUGAGGUCUGUCUCAGUUGCCACCACAGGAAUCAAUGUGAUGACUGAAAAGGUAGAAGGUGUGUUCCUGAUGCCGAGUUAAAUCAAUUUCACAUCACUGGUAUGCUAAGUAUGAGUAAGUCAAAACUAAGUGUUGAACUACUGGCUCAAAAUGAGUAAUGUGACAAGGUUUGAAAUCUUAGCUAUGGGAUAAUAGACAAAAACGUUACUUGAUUUCUGCUCCUGGGGUGCAGAAAUCUUUCUGUAAAUGUACCCAAAUAGAGAAGAGAGAGCAAUGGCGGUCUCAUUCCUAUGUGUGAUAUACAGUGGUAUCUCUGGUUACAAACGCUUCUGGUUUACAAACUCCGCUAAACCAGAAGUAACUGCUCCUGGUUGCGAACUUUGCCCCAUGAUGAGAACAGAAAUCGCACGCCGGAAACAUGCGUGCAGCGGGAGACCCCAUUAGCAAAAGCACGCCUCAGGAUAAGACCGGUUUCAGCUUAAGAACGGACCUCCAGAAUGAAUUAAGUUUGUAACCAGAGGUACCACUGUGUACAGUUACAACUCCCCUUGUGUAAUCUUUUGAAGUGUAUAUUAGAUGAAAAAAUAAAAGUACUGGUGAUUGCUAUGCUAUUAUAUCUCAGACAUACAUCCCCACACCACCUGUUUUGAAACUCCACACAUUUUGGGGAUUAAAAUAUUAACAAUUUUUUUCAUUAUUAAUCACCUGAGUGCCACAUUCAUCCUAGGCCAACCCUCCAGGGCCACAUGCAAAUUUAACGGGAGUUGCAUUCCAGGAACAUUGGGAAGGGCACGGAUUUCCCUACACCAAGCCACUGACAUAUGAAUGAAAUCUAAAUGCAUUCUAUCUCUAUAGACAGCCAUGAUAUUCAAACUUUUUACCAGUGUUCAAGCAUUAAGCGUCUGGGAACUUUGAGUCAUUGCAAUGGACAUAAUAGUUUCUGGACUGAAUGUCCGGGAGAAUGAAGUUCUCUGUUUGUUCACAGAGCCAGUCUAGCUGCAUGGGCUGUGGGCAAUGCCAGUGCAAGCUUCUGCCCACCAUUCCACCAAUGGGCCUUAACCCUGACACAGAGAAGCAAUCUCUAGGGGCAAGAUGGCAGUUCAUUUACAUGCUGAUUUUGUUCUUUAGCUUCUCUGCCAACAAUGCCAACAAGUGUACUCAUUAAUUAGUGCUUAUUUUGUUGGUAGGGGUUUGGGUUUUGGGGGGAGGGGAGAGGGUUGUGACGUAGACAUAGGUCCAUUGUCCACUAGACGGAAUCCUGCAGUUGGGGGUGUAUCACCUUAUGGCUGCCAGCUAUAAAAUUAAUGUUCCAUGUAAGGUCAGGUCCAGUAGUUACUGCUUGGGUGGAAGUUCUCCAAGGAAAACAAGCUGCUCAGGAAAUGCUUAUUCAGUUGACCUUACUUUGCCAUCUGAGUCAGUCCAUGCUCAGGGUUAGAGAAAGGCCAUCAUUUGGCUGACAAAGAGACAUCCUAGCCACUGGAGAGAGAAAAAUCCAGUACUGUGGUUUUUCAAGUGUACAAGUAAGGCUACCUUUAGGAAAGCUGAAUUUUAUCUUUUCCCUCUGCAUGCCUGACAUUGCAAAUGGGAUAUGGUACUCUUUCUUCUGGUUCCUUUAUCGUAGCCUUUCCCUCCCCAUUUCCUGCCCCAUGCCACUUAUAAAAACAUGCAUGGAAAUAUCAAUGAUCUGUACUCCCCCCCCCAUCCCGUGUCACAAAAUUCAGCUCCCAAAUAUAAUUUUUUUGCUAGGGUAGGCAGAGAUCCUGAAAAUGAUUGUAUCUGGUGUCAAAACGAAGAGAGACGGAAUUCUACCUACUAAUUAAGCACACUGGACAAUCUGCUCCCAUUCUACUGAUAAAGCUGGUCUUGGCAGGAACCACAUUCUGAUAACACUGAGAAUAUGAGAUGGCACUAAGCCCUUGAGGAUGUGAGGGUUUCAGCACACGUUUCUUUUUGCUAGGCAUCAUUGGUUGUUAAUAUAUAGCUUCUAAAUCAUUACCCACCCAGAGGUCUUGGGAUAAGGUGGGCUAGAAAUAAAAAUUGAUCUUCUGUUAGAGGGCUCUUGCAAUCAGAUAUCAGGUGGCACUGCAGCAAAUUUUAUGAUGCACCGUAUUUUUUUAAUGCAAAAAAGAAAAGAAAAAAAUCCUGCUUCCCACUGUUUCACAAUAUUUUCCACUCACAUCCAUUGCUCCCCUGAACUGCUGCAGCUUUUGAGCCAUUUCUUUUCUUCUACUUGAAAGGACUGUGUUUCAAAGAGCAGGGGAAUUCUCCCUGGCCAGAGUUCUAGAUUGCAUUUUGAGUCUACAUGAGUAAGGGUUCAGCCCCCAAUGUGUGUGGAGUGACAAGUACUGCAACAAUGGCACCAGUGCCCAUCUUUUCCUCCUUCUUACCCCAUUGGAAUUUCAUGUAAAAAUUCAGGGAUUCCUGAACAGGGCUUCAGUUUAGCCCUAUUAAAUUUGUGAUGAGCUGAUUCACAUCAAAAGGUUGUUUUGAAAUGAAACUAUUGCCAUUCAUUGAUGUGCAUACAUACCGGGGUUUCAACCCCAUGAGAUGGCAGUGGGAUGAAGGACAGUUUAUCAAUGAGGUAAAUGAAAGAAAUUAAAACAAUGGAAGAAUUAAGUUUCCCUUUUUUAAAAAAGCAACAUUAAUGUAUGGAGGUGUUUUUUGUAAAAUAAUAAAAUAAUAGUAGUAGUAGUAGUAGUAAUGAUUUAUUUCUACCCUGCCCAUCUGGCUGCGUUUCCCCAGCCACUCUGGACGGCUUCCAACAAAAUACUAAAAUACAAUAGUUCAUCAAACAUUAAAACCACAGGCACUCCCCUCCCCACCCAUUUUUAGUGCCCCCUGACAAAGAUUGCUGAAAAUGGGGGUCACUUUUUCAGUGAGGUAAAAAUGUUGAUAAAACUCGGUCUCACAUAUUAACUAUAUUUUCACUGAAGCACUUUGCAAAGUUUAAAGCUACAACAGAAAAUAUGGCCUAACAAUUAAGGUAUGGCUUAGAUUUAACACCUGAGACGUUGGACUGGUUCAGAUAGGGUUUAUGAGAAUUUGCAUACCCUCCCCCUGGGUUUGCUUGCUCCCCCUCCUCCCACUGCUUCCUCCUGUGGUAUGACCUUAAGGAAGAGUUCAAAAGCUUUCCCUUCUGUUUUAGAUUAACCAUAAAUUAUCAUAGUGACUGAAUCCUGGCAAACGGUGGUAAAUCUUAACUUUAGUGAGUUGAAAUAAGCCAAACCAUAGUUUAUGAAGCUGUCUUGUUUCAACUAACCAUAGCAACAGUUAAGGUGUCAGAUGACACACUUAACUGCAAUUAAUCUAAUAAAAUCACUUCUGAUGCCAUUCUUAUGAUUUCAGCAGAGGAAGAGAAAGGAGGGAAUAACAUUUGAGCCCAAGGCUCGUUGAUGUAUGUUCUCCUUGUGCCAAUCAUAAAGUACAUUCUGUGCUACCUGUAACCUAUACAGUGACAAUAAUGUUACCUAAGUCAUGAUGUAGCAUAACUUCCAUGAGAAUCCUGACACAUGAAAGGUUGUGGAGGUGUUGUGGGCAGCCUUGCUUCUGCUAUGAAAGGUGGAAAGGCUGUAAAAAAGAGGGGGAGAUGUAAUUUUGUGCAAUAUUCUUAUUCUUAUUUAUAUUUGUAUACCACCCUUCAUCCAUAGAUCUCAGGGUAGUUCACAACAUAAAAAUACAAUAUAAAAACACAAAAUGCAUAAUAAAAACAAAAACAAACCAAUAAUCCCCCCACAACCUAUUUAAAAGGGCACCAAGUGUUAAUCAGCCAAAGGCCUAGUUGAAGAACAUUUUUGCCUGGUGCCUAAAGGUGGUUCCAGCUGAACUUUCCUGAGGACAGCAUUCCACAAGCAGGGAGCCACUGCAUGAAAGGCCUGCUCUUGUGUUGCCACUCUGAUUCUGUCGUGGAGGAAGCACACAAAGAACCACCUCAGAUUUUGAUCUCAGGGUCCAGGUAGGUUCAUAUGAAGUUGCAUUGAAUUGUAUUUUCUCAGUUUCAUUGUUAUACCUAUUGCACUCUGUCUGCUAAGGGACGGUUUAAAAUAUUAAGCAGCAUAUAAAUAUAUUAAAUAAAAAACAAACCAAUUGCUUUGCUGUAACCAUGGAUGAGGAGCCUGGGGCUCUCUAGGUAUUGUUGUAUUCCAGCUACCAUCAGCCCUGUCCAUUGGCCAUUCUGGUGCAGGAUGGUGACAGUUAGCGUCCCACAACAUCUAGAGGCCAACGGAAUUCCAAUCUCUGGUGUAAACUCCUUUUUAAAAAUCAGAGAAAUUCACCUGCUCCCCCAACCCUCCUAAACGUUCUCCCCCUUCAUGGGGAGUGAAGCAGAGGCAUAGGAAGGGGGUGCGGUGGGUGCGGUCCGCACCGGGUGUCAUGACUGAGGGGGGUGACAAAAUGGCAGGUGAGUGGGUGGUACACCUUGCGCUGGGCGGCAGCCGUUCUUCUGACCCAGUGGCCAAGAGCAGCCCUCCUCAACCUUGGUGAGGUGCACUCAGCCACAGCAGCUCCAAUGCUGGGUCAUGUCUGACCCACUGAGGAGAGUAGGAGGAGAGUGAGCAGCAGCGAGAGCCAGUGUGGUGUAGUGGUUAAGAGCGAUAGACUCGCAAUCUGGGGAACUGGGUUCGCGUCUCCGCUCCUCCACAUGCAGCUGCUGGGUGACCUUGGGCUAGUCACGCUUCUUUGAAGUCUCUCAGCCCCACUCACCUCACAGAGUGUUUGUUGUGGGGGAGGAAGGAAAAGGAGAUUGUUAGCUGCUUUGAGAGUCCUUCGGGUAGUGAUAAAGCGGGAUAUCAAAUCCAAACUCUUCUUCUUCAGUUUCCCCGCCCCUCUCCUACCCUGAACUGUGGCGAGUGGGAGGGCACCCUCCGCACCCCCCCCCCAAGAGCACACCCGGCCUGGGCAGUGCAGGCAUAUGCUCUGCCACUGGGGUGAAGGGCCCCAUUAAAGAGGAAGAAAGAUUAUCUCAACAUUAGAUACUUAGCAGUAAAGAUUCACAACACCCCAGCAGGAGACUGAACUGUGGACCCUAGGAAUCUGGGUGGAGUUGACACCUUUGAUUACUUCACUGCAUGUUUAGAUCCUGAAGGGAUGGAUGUUGCUGGACUGCAAAUUCUAUCCUUUUUGUCCACUGGUCAUGCUGGCUAGGGCUGAUUGGAGUUGUAGUUCAAUACAUCCAGAGGGCUCAUUGGCUACCUGUGGUGUAGGCAAUAUAAUGCUAGAUAUAAUGGUCAGGCCAGAUCUAAGACAGCUUCCUAUGUCCCCAUAUUAUUCUCAUACUAGAGACUAUGGCUAAGACAGUAGCAGCUUGUUUAAGGCCACCUGGUAAGACGCAAGACUUCAAGCAGAGACUACCUAUUCCAUGGUUCAGCCUCUUGGCCUCUAUGGCACUGAAAGACUUGAUUUAUAUGUAAACCUAUACACAAGUAAAGAGAGAGGAAUAUUACUUACACACACACACACACACACGAGAGAGAGAGAGAGAGAGAGAGAGAGUUGAGAAAAUUAUCCAAAGAUACAACAGGCAGGGUGAACCAAAGAUAGAUGUAAAAUGCAGAAGGAAAACUUGGCCAUGAGCAGCUAGGUGAUAAAGGACAAGUCAUAUUUCACUGAGUAAAGCAAUCUCAAACUGGUUGCCAAGUAGCAUCAGACGUUUCCAAGUUGUCUCUCUCUUCUCUCUUUGACCAGCAUUCCAUUUUGCUGCUAAAGCAAGCUGUUUGGUCGCCCAAAUUCCAUGGCAUGGUGAAAUUGUGGCUUUCCAAGCUCACAAUAAGAUGCCUGACAACCAGUAUAAAGCUUUGUAUUUGAGCCUGUUGGCCCCUGGGGCCCAAACAGCUGGAAAAUUACCUGAAAUCUUAUGUCUUUUUCAGAAGGAACCACAGGUAUUCAAGGCAGGAUUUUUGACGUUUGUGCUUUUUAUUAUUUCCUCUCUUAUAAUCAUGCUACAUAUCUAUAACUGAUGCACUAGAUUUGACCCAGCAGGGGUGCAUGGUUAGCAAGCAUGCAAAUAAUUAACAAGUCAGGGUUAAAAAAAAAAAGGAAUUAAAUAUAAAGCUGGUAUAUAAAAUGGAUCCUGGGAUCCAAAGUAGGAUAAGAGGGAAUGCUCAACUAAUCUGUUCAGAAUAGCAAGCUGUCUCUUGCUCUCCUCAAAUUUAACUCUGAAAUAGUCAUUGAAUUUAACUCAGAAAUUAUUUUCUCUCAUACACAGCUCUCCAACCCUCAGGGAUAACUCAAUUUUAUGAGCUUCAAAAAAAUGAGCUCCCCAUCAGCCUCUCACAUACUCUAAAACACACCCUUGCUUUCUCUUCCUUGGUGAUCAGUGGGGUAAAUAGUGGCACAAUUGUGGGACAAGGAGAGGAAGGAGAUUUGUCCUCUUUUCUUCUCAUGUGAUGUUUUAGCAAUAGCACAAUUUCAGAAGCCUGCAGACAUUUGCCAUGACAAAGAGGCUGAGCAAUAAGGAGCAACCCUUUCUCUCCCUAUGUGCUUCCGCUAUGAAUUGUCAUGUAUGAGAAACAAGGAGGGCUUUGGGAGACAGUGAAGGGCUGGUGUGGAAGGGAAAUUGGGAAUUCUUCUCUAGCUCAGAUUUUGAUCCUACCUGGAGAAGGAUUGAAGCAAGAAUUAAAAGCUCACCUCGCAUUUGAGGCUGGCUUUUACAAACUCUGGGUUUUUAACGGAGCCUGGCUCAGGAGAACUUUGCAAGCAACUCUGUAGAUUUCACCUGACUGCGACAAAUUAUAAUAGCUGAUUCUCUUUUCCUAGUAUUUUGCAUGUGAUCAAGAUAAAUAGCAAACUUUUAAAAUAACCAGUUGUAGGAAGGGGCCUUCACGUGUUUCGCUUUGGUGUUCUGCCUCUUAUCUCAAGAACUCAAGCAACAUGUUCAGCUUUUAUGGUAUGUUGUACACUAGGCAGAGAAAUGGUUCAAGGCCACCUGUGAACUUGAAGGUUCAGAGGGAAUUUGAGCCCAGAUCUAUGCUCAACAUUCUCUUCACUCUACCAGGAAAUGCCAACUUCAUUGAGAGGUGUGGGGGGAGAGGAUCCCAGCCCAGUUAUUCACAGACCAGAGCCUCUGCCCUCCCACUGAUCACCCAGAUGUAGCAGUUUAGCUAGGGAAAAUUCAUUCCACUAAGAAAGGUGCCUGCCAGGUUAGAAACAUUGCUUUUUAAAGAUGACGUCUUACCAUUCCAUUUCUAGAGGAAGAUAAUAAUUUUCUCACAAAUCUAUAGAGGAAAUAACACAUUUUUAUCAUUAAUUUGUUUUUUCAAGGUCUUGUUACCAUUUCCCCGUAAAAUAACAUCUCUUGCUCCACCCAUGAUGAAUCCUAUUGACCAAUCUGGGGAAACGGUGGAAAGUCAGCAACAUAGUAUGUAGUUACUUGUAAGAAAGGGGACAAUAGUCCUUUGGAAAGUGGGUCAGAAGCAAAUUAAUGAAUACUUGAUUCAUUCAUUCAACAAACCUAGCGUAAAUCUAAAAGCAACCAUAGAAGUUUUCAUUUUUACAAAAUGAAAUGCAUUUUUCCAGUUACAAAAGUCAUCUGUGUGCUUAAAGCAAAUCUUCUGAGGCAUUGCUGGCUUUAAAAAUGAAAAUCACAAGUUGGAGUUAAAGACUUGGCACUGAGCAGGAAGAAUGAUCUAACACAUGCUUCCUUGAACAGAAAAAGGAAUUUCAUAAAAGAACUGGGCAGAUUUUGGUUUCUCUGAUAUUCAGCACUCGGCACUGCCUGAAUCCAUCCAUGACGUCAUUUGACUGUUGGCUUUCUUGUCAACAAGACCAUAAAAAUCCCUAAUAAUUAUGACUGACCUCCUCCAAACUUUGAUAUUUUGAUUCUCUAUUCAAAUCCAUUGAAAGUAGCUAAUAUAAUGACACCAGUUUUAUGUUGCUCAGAUGAACACGCUUCCUUAUUUACCAUCCUUGAAACUCCUCAUUGAGUUGGUCCCCGUUUCCAGCAUCAAGGUGUCUCCCCUAUACCCAUGAUGCAAUAGACAUCAGUAUUUGAGGAACAGAGGGAUCCAUUGUGUCUCGUAUGAGAUAUUUUAUUGCCUAAAGCAAAGGACAAGAUGGGGCUCACUAUCCCAUUCCAUAUACAGAAGCUUUUGUCAGUUGAAUCUUACUUCAGUAUUUGUAAUGGGAUGGCAUCCUCCACUAUACCCUAGGCCAGGCCUGUCCAAAGUCCGCCUCAGGGGCCCUAAUCUGGACCGCUGGUUGGUUUAAUCCAGCCCCCAUGGCAGUUUAUUUCCUAAAGAAACCUCAGCAACUUCAAUCCUUAAAAAAAAGCUCAACACGUUCAGUCAGCCCUUACGGCCCUUCACUUCAUCAAAUGUGUCCCUCUUUGAAAAGAUGCCACUGCCCUAGGCCAUGGGUUAGUUUAAGGGGGCAAUGGCAUGUUGUGCAGCAUACACAGGUCUGCCCUCUAACAAAUGGGAAUGGCCAGAGGGCUGCCCCUGCUGCCCAUCAUCACCUGCGGAGGUCAGAUGUACAUGGAAAUAUUCAUGCUUACAGUUGCUUUCAUAGGUACCUGAACCCCUCCUUCAUCUAAAAAUUAUCCACAUGUAUGCUGCUUGAAACAAUGCAGCGUAUGUUUGUUUGUUUUGCUUUUGACCAUACAAAAUUUCAGGAAAGAAAGAAAAGUGGAUCUUGUUUAUGCUGGAACUGAUGACCCUUUAAGAAUACUGAAUCAGUAGGACUCUUGAGUUUGUCAGCAUGUCCCAAAGCCUGACUGAGCAAGAAUUCUGGUAAUGAGAGCCACCAUUACACUUUUCCAGUAGUAUCCAGGAAGAAAGUUUAUAUGGAGGAAUUUGAACCUUGCAGAGAAGAAAAACAAAAAAGACCAGCAAGAGGCAAUGUUGUGGUCAUGUAGGCUUGCAUUUAUCGCUGCUUUUUCUCAGCCAUUUCUCAUUUAUUUUGUUUAAAUAGUCUUCUUGAGGCAGUGUUGGUGGUCACUUUUUGAAUCUGAAAGUAAGGUGGAGUAAUAGGUGGAGGAGGGACCUCAGUACAAGUACUUGGGGUUAUUUACAUGUGUGCAUGUCAUGAAGUCUGGCAGAAAUAUAUAAAUUAUAAUGGCAAUUUUCUGUGAGGGGUAGCUGCUGAACAACAAGAUUUAAAGACUGUAUGUCAGGUGAAAAUAGUUAAAAGGUACGAGAGAGGGACUGAGUUACUUAAGAUUAGACUCCUUAACCACCGUUUGUUGCGCUGAGUGUGUCAUCCAUGCCUUAUUUAGUGUCAUGGAUCAGUGCUGCCCUUGCAGCCACUUGGAGCUUGAAACAAUCUCUCGUGUUCACCUACUGUGGAUGUUAUCAAAGGGUUAGAGAACACAUAAUGUAUCACCUUAUUAGGAGGCGGCCUUAGAGACUCUUUUGAGUGCCUUCCUUGAGGAAUCCAAUAAAUCUGUUACUGAACAGGUGGCAAUGUCUCCGAAUGCUGUGGUAUUUCUUAGACCUGCUGUGAUGGUUAGCUCCUAGUUUUGUCUCCCUAAAUAAUAAUGGGUUCCACUGAGGCUGUGAUUUUUGUACUGGUUCAUAUUUUGUACUUUGUUUAAUGGUCAGUCAGCCGUAAUAAACAUUUGAUUGAUUGAUAGUGUCAUGUUGGCAAAAGUUACUUAAAGAAGCACUUGGCAAGCUCAGCCCUGGUUCUGGCAUGACUAACCCCGUUCACUUUUUUCACAGGACCUUAAAUACCAAGACAGCCUUGACUUGCUUUACUUUCUGGCAUAUUCUAUUAUGUAAUCAGCCAAAACCUUUGCACAUGAUCUCCUCUAUUUGUCCUGAUAUUAUUAAUGGCUUUGCAAUAUUUGACCAGGGGUAGCAAGAGUCAUUCAGACAUAUCAUACAGUCAACCAAGACCACACAGUCUCUUAAUUAAAACCUUUUGCUCAACAUGUUGAAGCAUAUAAGGCAACUUACAUAGCAACUCCAAUCCAGAGCCUGGUUAACAUGGACUUCACGUGCUGUGAAAUAUAUAAUGUACAGUAGAUUGUGUCCUGCCUCUGGGCCUUUUUCACACCUUAUAAUUUUUAAUAUAAAUUUUAUAUUACAUGCUGAGAUGUAAUAUCAUGAACUGUGAAUGUUUGAAAACAUAUGUUUUGUUUGGAGACACCCAUUAGAGAGAUUAUCCAAGGUUCUUUGAGUAGUCACAUGGUAGGAAAUCUGAUUUUAUUGCCAUCUUGUGUGUGAAAUGGCCUGCCUGGCUACCAGGCUUUACAACACAUCUGUGUCUGCUGGUACUUCACUGUCUUAAAGAGUUGGACAGUGGCUCCUCUGAGAGGGUUACUGAAGAGAUAUAAAGGAACAGGAAUGAAGUGUUUGUGAUUUAGAAUUUUCUGCAUUUAGUUUAAGUAAACUAACAAAGGUCCCAUCUGCACUAUACUUCUAAAUCAGUAUCAUCACCUUAAACAAUCAUUACUUCCUCCAAGGAAUCCUGAGAACUGUAGUUUGUUAAGGGUGCUGAGGAGACCCCUAUUCCCUUCACAGAGACACAAUCCCCAGGGCUCUCUGGGAAUUGGAAUUUGUUGUUAAGCCACUCUUGGAAUUGUAACUGAAGCAGAACCAGCAUGGUUUCUUGCAAGGUCAAGUCCUGUCACACUAACCUAUUAGAGUUCUUUGAAAGUGUCAACAAGCAUAUUGAUAGAGGUGGUCCUGUAGACUUUCAAUGAUACUUUGACAAUUGCAUUUGCCAUUUUACCGUCCAUUCACCCAGUAUGGAGAGAUCUUUUUGCAGCUCCUUGCAAUCUCAUUAUGCUUUAACCAUCCUGAACAAUUUGGUAUCAUAUGCAAACUUGGCUAUAUCACUGCUCAGGCCUAAGACAGUUUUUGAACAAGUUAUAAAACGCAGGUCCCAAUUGCAAUCAUUGGGUGACUCCACUUUUUCAGUCAGGAGAAUUAUCCACUUAUUCCCACUCUGUGCUUCCUGUUACUUAACCAGUCCCUGAACCACAAAAGGAUCUCACCUCUUUUUCCAUGACUGCUAAGCUUUCUCAGAAGUCUUUGGUGAGGUACUUUCCCUGUAAGCAAGUGUAAAGUGAUGCACAUUGGGCCCAAAGCCCUAAUUUCACAUAUACACUUAUGGAGUCUGAACUGACAGUGUCUUGCCAGGAACAAGAACCUAUAGCCUUGCUGGGUAGCUCAGUUCAGACAUUGACUGAGUGUGCGCCAGCCGUGAAAAAAGUGAAUCCUAUGCUAGGGGUCAUUAGGAAAGAAAUUGAAAAUAAAACUGUCAAUAUCAUAAUGCCUUUAUACAAAUCUAUGGUGCAACUGCACUUGGAAUACUGUGUUCAUUUCUGGCUACCUCAUAUCUCCUCAGAAAGGAUAUUGUAGAGUUGGAAAAGGUUCAGAAAAACGGCAACCAAAAUGAUCAAGGGGAUGGACCAGUUCCCCUAUGUGGGAAGGUUACAACCCUUGGAGCUUUCUCGUUUAGAAUAAAGGCAAGUAUGGAGGGACAUGACAGAAGUGCAUGUUUAGGAGAAAGUGGAUAGAUGUUUUCCUCCCUUUCGUGUUAAUACGAAAGUUGUGCUCAUUCAAUGAUGCAGGAGAUUCAGGACAGACAAAAGGAAACACUUCUUCAUGCAUCGAGCAAUUGUUUUAUGAAACUCACUGCCACAAGAUUUGGUGAUGGACAAUAUCCUGAUGGCUGUAAAAUGGGAUUGGACAGAUAACAUAAAAAAUAAGGCUGUUAGUGGUUACUGAUCACAAUGGCUAUAAUGUAGCCUUGAGGUUCAUAGACCGUUUGCACCAAAAUAUCAGCUGCUGGCAGCCUUUCUUAUGGCCUUCCCAGAGGCAUUUGGUUGGCCACUGCAGGAAUCAGGAUGCUGAAGCAGCCAUACUGCUGGUCUGAUUCACGACGGCUUUUGUUACAUCCUAAUUAUGUCCCAGUAAGCUUCCCCUUGCUUUUCUGGCUUUCAGCAGGCCCACAAGCAUCUCAUACUCAGCAGGGUCCCACCCCCCCACUCCCACCCUCAGCUGCAAGCUAUUUUGUAGAAGCUAGCUCACUUCACCCUAAUUGAGGAGGCAUCAAUGUUCCCCUCACCCCUUAGCUCUUUCGUCACAUCUCUGCUGGACUGGCUUCAAGCAUUAUUUUGAGGACAAUUCCCCACAUGUGCAUCAUGCCAAUGAGGUUUACUGUUAUUCAUUAUCCUGACAUUUGUUCUUUUCACAUAAAGACUUCCUUGGAUUGUUUGUUUUUUUGUUUGUAUGUUUGUUUAUGAGAGCCAGUGUGGUUAAGAGCGGUAGAUUCGUAAUCUGGUGAACUGGGUUCGCUUCCCCGCUCCUCCACAUGCAGCUGCUGGGUGACCUUGGGCUAGUCACACUUCUCUGAAGUCUCUCAGCCUCACUCACCUCACAGAGUGUUUGUUGUGGGGGAGGAAGGGAAAGGAGAAUGUUAGCCACUUUGAGACUCCUUUGGGUAGUGAUAAAGCGGGAUAUCAAAUCCAAACUCUUCUUCUUCUCUUCUAUGUGAUUGGGCAACUGUGUUCACUGCUCCAGCCCCUGGAGGUUAAUGGAAAGCUAAUUAUUGCAUCUAUUUUAUUUUCAAUUUAGCAUGGUCAAAAUUAUUAUCUCAAAAGCCCUUUAAAUCGAGUUAUAACAUCUCACUUCUGCAUCCCUUAAAUUGCUGAAUUAUGAUUCAACAGACUUCAUAGAAGAGCCUGAUUCCUCCCCCCUCCCCUUUACAUAUUUCAAGUUUUAUGUUUCUUUCCAUUAAAGCUUCCAACCUUUCUCAGACGUAUUUAGUUUGGCAAAAGGAGUAAUGUUGAGUCAUGGAAAAGAUUUGAGAAUGAGCUACUGAAAAUGUAUCUAAUUUCUCUUUGUGUAAUUUAGGAGCAGGCAAUGGAUAAGUGGGUAGAAUCACAAAGUAACAAGUGGUUGUUGGGGGGGGGGUUCAGUCUUCAACCCUACUUAAAUUUGAUGGCCCAAAUGUAGCCUUUCAAAAAUCUCUAGGCUAGUGCUUCAUUUUCUCUAAAUUAGAUAGUGUGUGUAUGUUCUUUAAACACCAAGAGAUUAAAUUCUCUUGUUUUUGAUAGGGGUGAUGUUGCCACUGCUUAAGCUGAAUCUCAAACUCUGCAGUUCAGUGUUACAUCAGUGCCGUGCUUGGAGCAGGUCCCACUGUGUUCAGAGAGGCUUUCUUCUGAGUAUACAUGCAUAGUGUCAGUCCUAAGCGCACUUUGGAAACCAGUGGGAUUCCCUUCUGAGUUAACAUAGUAAAGUGGUUUCUGUCUCUUGCAAUCAGAAUGACAGAACCUCUGCAUAAUUCCUCAGACCAGUCCAAUGUAUUUGGGGGUGUCUAGAAAUGGAGCUCUAAGGGACGCGGGUGGCACUGUGGGUUAAACCAUAGAGCCUAGGACUUGCCAAUCAGAAGGUCGGCAGUUUGAAUCCCCACGACGGGGUGAGCUCCCAUUGUUCGGUCCCUGCUCCUGCCAACCUAGCAGUUCGAAAGCACGUCCAAGUGCAAGUAGAUAAAUAGGUACCGCUCCGGCGGGAAGGUAAAUGGCGUUUCCGUGCGCUGCUCUGGUUCGCCAGAAGCGACUUAGUCAUGCUGGCCACAUGACCUGGAAGCUGUACGCCGGCUCCCUCAGCCAAUAAAGCGAGAUGAGCGCCGCAACCCCAGAGUCGGUCACGACUGGACCUAAUGGUCAGGGGUCCCUUUACCUUUACCUUUAGAAAUGGAGCUCAACAUUUUUGUGGAUUCAGGGCUGUAAGCCCAACAAUUUUUGGCAGUUCUAGGGUGCAAUCACUGUCUAUUCACCUCAUUUAAAGAAAACAUGAGGGGAAAGAAGCCUCAGGCUUGCCUGUUGUCUGUUGCUUGUCUGCCAAUUAGCCCUAAAGCAUCUUCCUAUAACACUCACUGGGUUCUCUCACUGCGAGAAGUGAAGUUACAGGGAAUCAGGCAGAGGGUCUUCUUGGCAGUGUCACCUCCCUGUGGAACACCCUCCCAUCAGAUGUCAAGGAGCUAAAGAACUACACAAGUUUUAGAAAACAUCAGAAGGCAGACCUAUAUCAUGAAGUUUUUAAAGUUUGAAAGCAGCUCAGAGUGGCUGGGGAAACCCAGCCAGAUGGGCAGGGUAUAAAUAAUAAAAUUAUUAUUACUAAUAUUAUUAUUAAUUACUACUACUACUUCUACUACUACUCCUCAGGGUUCAGCUGUAAAUAUUUUUUCUUAGUUCAGUUUUCAUCAGUGGAUUGAUAUUUACUUAUUUAUGCCUAUUUCUAAGCUGCCUUUCAGGGAGUUUCUUUUUUAAAAAAUAGAAAUUUAAAACAUCAGAAACAUGUUUUGUCAUGAUUGAUCUCUUUGUCUAAUGCAGAGGUGGAAAACCCCAUAACAGCCCCAUAUGUUGUUCAGCCCCAUGUUUGUGGACCCCUGCUCCCCAAUAGUUUCUACCAGCCUGGCCAAUGAUUAGGGAGAAUGGGAACAUCUGGCAACAUCUGGAGGCUGCAUGGUCCCCUUCCCUGGUCUAAUGUCGUAUUGAAAAUAUUUUAUAUUCACUUAUGCGGCAAUCCUAUAGACCAAAAGUCAUUUUAUUGUCAUAUUAUAUGGCUCUUCCCCCAACCCCAAUGAUCUUCAGGACAACAACCUAUCUACAACACAAAAUGGCCACAGCACCUUCACACAUCUACAGUUUCUUAAGAUUCCUUUGGGAAACCUAAACUUGUUCAAACCUGGUUUAGGAUAGUAAUGUAGAUGUGAUCCAAGUAACAAUAAUAGGCCCUACAUAAAGAGUCCUGUCCUGGUCGAAGGCUUCCAACAGGCCACUGUGAGAAUAGGAUUCAGGGCUCUUCUUGAAUGAAAGCAAAUGAGUUCAUCACUAUGUGGAAGACAGACAGCUGACUGAAGUAAACAAAAAGCUGGUUGAGGAUAAGGUUUCAUUGAAGUUUAAGCCAAUUCAAGAGUGCAAAGUCUCUCAGACUGCUGCCUUUCCGUUUUACUUUUUCCUUUGAGGUAAUAUACAACUGCUCCAAGGAUAACCCCACUGCCUGACCUCCUCUGAACUGGAAACUGGAAAUGCUAAUUGCUGUGGUUGCAAUUUCCAAACCAGUGGUGUGGGCCAGAAACUGUACUAAUUUAGUCCCAUCUUCCCAUUUUGUAAUAGUUAUAUUCUUCAAAAAUGACAGAAAGGGAGAAAAUGAGAGAGAUUUAUGUCAGCAAUGAGUAAAUAAGUACGCAGUCCCUUUACUUUACAUGCCUUUGCAAUUCAUAUCUCACUCGGACCAUUUUGGAUCUAGUUUGUUCUCUUGUCACUAUAGUAUCUUAUCACUUUCAGUUAGAGUAAUGAAAUCUCAUGCCACAUGUAUUGAUAUAUAUUAUCAGUGUUCCCUGGCUGGGUCUUAUAUACCUUGAUGAAGUGCUGUGAUUGGCCACUGAGUUAAUUGUAAUCCUAUGCUGCACUGUGGUGUCGGGUCAGAGAAGAAGUAAAUAGAGGGAGAGGCUGGAGAAACCCUUUGUGAGGAAAGGUUACAAAAGACAGUGGGGGAGUGGGGCGUAUGCAGGGCAUGAUAGAGAUACCCAGUGUGGAGAAACUGGAUAGAUAAUUUUUCUCUGUCUCUCAUAAUGCGAGACUGUGGAGAACAGACAAAAGACUUAUUCUCACAGUGCAUAGUUAAACUAAGGAAUUUGCUGUCACAAUAUGCAAUGGUGGGCCACCAAUUUACGGUAGAUGGCUUAAAAGGGGGAUUAGAAAAAAUCACAAAGGAUAAAGCUAUCAGUAGAUACUAGUCUAUAUGUUAUAUCCAGCACCAAGUUGGCAGCUAUGGAACAGGAAGCUGAACUAGGUAGAUCUUUGGUCUGAUCCAGCAGGCCUCUUAAGUUAUCUCUUGAGAAACUCCAUUUUCCACAAGAGACUUUUAACUUACACCACCUUUUGUUACAGGUAUAAUGUUAUACCACCAUCAGGGAUAGAACCAACUACUAAGCAAACAUGAACACCUGUGUUGAGAACAACACCCAUUCCACCCCUUCAAAUGCACUUAGCUCUGCUAAAUUUUUAUCCUUUUACUGCAGGACACCCACUCUCAUAGUUUGCACAAGUGUUAGUCAUCACUGCAAAGGGUUCACAACACUGGUGCAUUUUUCCCCAUAGGGAAACCGCUGGUGCAAGGGAGUUUAGGAGCAAUUCUAUCAUAGAUGGCUAUCCUGUGCCAGGUCCUGCUAAUUUUGUGUCUUUUGUACAUAACUGUACAAAAUAAAUGCUCUUUUAGUCUUUAGCUAUGCAUUGUGGCAUUAUUUUACUGUUGUUUUAUUAUUUAGUACUCUAUAUUAAAUUUGUAUACUGCUCUAUACCCGUAGAUCUCAGGGUGGUCCAGAACAUAUAAUAUGUUGCAGUAAUCUAACUUAGAGGUUACCAGAGCAUAGACAUCAGUAGUUAGGCUUUCCCUGUCCAGAUAAGGGCACAGCUGGGCCACCAGCUGAAGUUGAUGGAAGGCAUUCCACGCCACUGAGGCCACCUGAGCAUCAAGUGACAGCAAAGUAUCAAUGAGUUCCCCCAAGCUAUGUACCCACUCCUUCAGAGGGACUGUAACCCCAUCAAGAGCAAGCAACCUCCCAGCCAUCUGAUCUAGGGAACCACCCACUAUCAGUGCCUCAGUCUUAUCUGGAUAGAUCUUCAGUUUGUUGGCUCUCAUCCAGUCCAUUAUUGAAGUAAGAUGACAGUCCAGAACAUCCACUGCCUCCCAUGCAGGUGUACAGGAGAAAGAAGUAGAGCUGUGUGUCAUCAGCAUAUUGCUGACAACAUACUCCAAACCUCUGGAUAACCCCACUCAUGUAGAUGUUAAACAGCAUGGGGGAUAAAAUCGAACCCUGUGAACCCCACAUUGAAGGCUCCAUGGGGCUGAAAACACUCCCCAAGCAACAGCCCUGGGGAAAGUCCACCCAAGUAGGACUGGAACCACCGCAAAGCGGUGCUACCCACUCAGAUUGCAGCUCCAGAAGGAUACUAUGGUUCAUGGUACCAAAAGCUGCUAAGAGGUCGAGGAGAAUUAACAGGAAAACAUUUUCUCUCCUCACAGAGGUGACCAAAGCAGUUUCUGUGCUAAAACCAGGCCUAACCCCGAUUGUAAAUAACUGGUUCAAAUAAUAUUUUGGUGAAAAUUAUAGUGCCAUCUUCUACUGUGUGGUGUGUGUCUUUUCUUUGAUUUCCGAAAGCUCUGAUUAUUGCUUUCACGAAAGCGGCUGUACAUUUCUCCUGUUACUAAAGUCCUGAUGAACAAACAAGGGCGAUGCCAGGAAGUUUUAUGUGUUUGAUUCAAAUGCAUGUCCUCCCAAAGAUCAUCGAUGAGUCAAAACAGAUGAAUCUUAAAGAUGUCAAAACAGAUUUAAAUUUUAAAAUAAAUCCAAUUUGAUGGCACUAUUAGCAAUCAAGUAAUAGACAACAGAUUUUUAUUUCAAAUCGUUCUUUUUUUAGAUUAUGACACAAACAGAGGCCACCCAGUUUAAAUUAAAACAGGGGGUGUAAUUCCCAAAAAUGCAACUACAGUGGUACCUCGGGUUCCAUACGCUUCAGGUUAUAGACUCCGCUAACCCAGAAAUAGAACCUUGGGUUAAGAACUUUGCUUCAGGAUGAGAACAGAAAUUGUGCUCCGGUGGCGUGGUGGCAGCAGGAGGCCCCGUUAGCUAAAAUGGUGCUUCAGGUUAAGAACAGUUUCAGGUUAAGAAUGGACCUGCGGAACGAAUUAAAUACUUAACCCGAGGUACUACUGUAUAGUUGCUCAGGACAGAUGUCUCAAAGAUGUUAGAGAGGCAGGGUUACUGGACAACAGGUGAUUAGCAAAUUAGAAUAUAUAUAUAUAUAUAUAUAUAUAUAUAUAUAUAUAUAUAUCUCAUACUAUUCCAUACUGUUAGUCUUGUAGGGGUAAAUAAACAUGUGACAAAAAGGUUUAACUUAUCUUGAGCUUCAUAUUAUGCAGGCCACAGUCAAACUUUGAAACUGUAUGACUCAUUCUAUACAGGUAGCGAUGGGGGAGAAAUUCAAUUCAGUUUGCAUUUAAAGGCAAAACUACUUAAUCCACACUUUCUGUAACAAUAUGAGAACCAAAACACAGCCAUCAUUUGAACUUUGCACUGCUCUGAAUUUUGUGAUGCAGUUCUCCAACCAAAGUUCUCCGACCAAAAAAUAAAAUAAAAUGCAUAGGUUGGGGAGAAUAUCCAUAAAAUGCAUAUAGCAUACAAAAAUGCACUAUAUUAGGGAAGUUGCUUGUGUGUGUGUGUGUGUGUGUGAACACUGCAUACAAAAAGGUAUUUAUUAGCAAAAAUUCACACUAAUAUAUUGACAAAUUUUCAUGAUUUGAUUUUUUCCCCAUCCCACAAAUUGCUGCAGAAAAAUGUGGAGAACCAGAUCUUAGAUUAGAAAAAUGGGAAACUGAGAGGAUCAAAGUUGAUUCUCAAUCCAUCCCUAUAUACAAGCAUAAAUUAAAAGUCAGAAACUUCCUGAUGGAGAGGAACAUAGAGUGGACAGCUUAAAGGUCUGACAAUGUUAAUGAUGAGGGCAAGAAAAGAUCUACACAAAGUCAGUACAGUAUCUACACAGCUACCAAAUAGGGAUCUGUGCAAGGCACGCAUGCCAUGGUUAAGAGGGGGAAAAAAUGGGCUGAAAAGGAGGCUAACUCAUUUGACUGUUCUAUACAAAACUUCCAAGGAAACUGAAAGCUUAUGAGUGUCACCCUACUGAGCCAAUAUGAUGCCACUGGCCUCGUCCAAUAAAAGCUUUCAUUGGAUGGAACAUUAGUUGAAGUGUAUAUUCUCCAAACAUUAGUACAGUCGUAUUCAGAAGUCAAACAGAAUCCGUUCCGGAAGUCCGUUCAACUUCCAAAACAUUUGACUUCCAAAACGCGACUUCUGCAGCCAAUCGGAAGCUGCAGAAGCCCCGUUGGAUGUUCGGCUUCCUAAAGAACGUUUGAAAACCGGAACAGUCACUUCCUGUUUUGAUCGUUCUGGAGCCGGAACGUUCAACUCCCAAGGCGUCGGGAGCCGAGGUAUGAGGGAACCUCAAAUGAGCUAGCAUAGCUUAGGGCUGCUUUAUGAUUUGUCUAGAACUGGCUGUUCUCUCAGCUGGUCAGAUUUUUGAAGACAAUUGUAGAUUAUUAGAUUAUUGUCAAGUUAGUUCACAUUUCUGUUUUUCUGCCACCAGAAAUUGACGUUCUCUCAGAUCUUUUAACACUUUUUGAGACCCAGAAUCCAAAUAUGUAUUGCACCCUUUUGAUUACUUCACUGCAUGCACCCUUAGCUUUUCAAAAUUUGACUGCUCCUCAGUAUUAUCCAGGCUAGGUGUUUAAAGCAGAUAGGUUUAUUGCUAGCUACUGAAUCAUCAGCAAUUGUCCUACUUGAACUUCAAGAUACACCAGUCACGUAAAAAAGAGAGAGAGAGAGAGAGUAAGGGCUGACCUAAAGAUUUGACUUCCUGUCACACAGAGCAUCCAAAUACACUUAAAAUGAAUCUUCUGACAAGAAUAUGAGAGGCAUUCAAUGAAAACUAAUAAUUCAUGACAUGACUUAAAAAUAAUGAUUGCUGAAACUGAAGGGACAUAUAGUCUGCAUUUGCAUUUUAAAAAUUAACAAAGGUUACUCAGGGUUCCAAGUGCUGGCUUUUCCUAGAAAUUUAGUUAUUCCUCUUUUUUAAAAACAACCCACAAAUUGGGAUUCAAAGUACACAAACAACAGGAAACUGUAAGAACAAUCAAAAUCCAUUCAACUACACUUAAUGCAAGUUUUCUGGCAUAAUGCAUGUUUUAUAAGGUGAUUCAUAUCUUCUUCACUGAACAUUAAAAAUACCAGGUAAGGAGCGUUCUGCCACUGUGGUAAAGUGUCUUUUGUCCUCGUGACUUGGAGAAGCAAGAAUAGGUAUAAUUUGAUUGGCUGAUGCCAGCAACAGAUGCUAUUUUAGUGCCAGAGAGCAAAGUUAAAUGCAGACAUACCAUUUUGCAAGCAAAAGAUCACUCUGAUAAGUGAUUUGCAUGCUUGUAUGCAUGGAGAACAUGAUGAUGAUGAUGAUGAUAAAUUUUAUUUAUACCCCCCCUCCCCAGCCAGAGCUGGGCUCAGGGCAGCUAACACCAGUAAAAUCACAAUAAAAACAUAAUGGGGGGGGGGAACAAUUUAAAAUAUGGGUUAAAAUACAAUUUAAAAUGCAGCCUCAUUUUAAUAGUAGCCCAUAGUUCAAAACCAUAAGGGGAGGGAAACAUAAGGUCAGGCUGAGUCCAAACCAAAGGCCAGACAGAACAGCUCUGUCUUGCAGGCCCUGCGGAAAUAUGUCAAGUCCCACGGGGCCCUAGUCUCUUGUGACAGAGUGUUCCACCAAGUUGGGGCUAGUACUGAAAAGGCCCUGGCCCUAGUUGAGACUACUCUAACCACCUUGCGACUUGGGACCUCCAAAGUGUUGUCAUUUGUGGACCUUAAGGUCCUCUGCGGGGCAUACCAGGAGAGGCGGUCCCGUAUGUACAUGAGUCCUAGGCCGUAUAAGAGGAAGUCCAGCAUAUUUGAGUUGUGUGCAUAUCCACAGUUUCCUAUGGGGAAUGAAAAUGUAUACUGAAUUUCUAGAAGUAAGAAAUUUAUUGGACUCACACUUAGAGACGCUGCCAAAGAAGGGUGUGUCAUGUGCUGCUACCUGCCCUUUUGACUUUUGGCAUGUCCAGAGUGCACCCCUGGAAUUGUCUCAGCAAUGUAACUUGCUUAUCUUAAGAGCAUAUACUAAGAGCAUAAGAACAUAGAAACAUAAGACAAGCCCAACUGGAUCAGACCAAAGGCUUACCUAGUGCAAUAUCCUGUUCCUCACAGAGGCCAACCAGAUGCAUCUAGAAAGACUGUGAAAUUGCCCCCUGACUCUCCCACCCUUGUUCCCCAGCGACUGAUAUUCAGGGGUUUUCUAUUUAACUCUGCAAAAAAGAAAAGAAAACAGUUUGUGGGAAAGCAAGUUAUGCACCUUUUGUUUUAAAUGAUAUUCAGACGCAAGAAUCAUUUUUAGAAUUUGUCCCAACUGUAAAAUGUAGCCUUUCAAUUUGUCCUGAGGGAUUAAAAAGAUGUAAAAUUAUAUUCCUUACUGGAUCAAUGGUCUAAGCAUAGACCCUUAAGCCAGUGUGUCAGUGGUUUGAAAACUGAAACAGUACACAAGAGGCAAUUAGGAAGGAAAAAUGUGUGGGUAGAGAGUUGGAGUCACAUAAUACUAAAUCAUGAAAAUAACUACUAACAUUCCCACUGAAAUUACAUUUUUGAUCAUGGCUUUCCUGCAUCAUAUGCGUACAAUGUCAACAGAUGAAACAGUGUCAAAUGACAGCUUUGCCAGAAAAAAAAAUUAUCCAUUGGUGUGCUGUCCAGGCCAGCACUAUGUGUAAGGAAUAUCUUAUAUGAAACUUAUUAUACCAGCUCACCUUAGAAUUCUGUAAUAGAAUCUACUGAGGGAGUAGAUUAUUGCCCAGCUUCCAUGUAAACAGUGAGAAAUCUACUCAGUGACCCCAGUUCACUGAAAUUUCUGGAAAACAACAAUGCAGGUUUGGAAGGGCCAUGCUUGAGCAUGAAGAGAAAUAUACUGAAUGCUUUUAAAGAUAUAAAAUUCCUAGAACUGUUGGAAAGACUCUUGCAUGUGAACCCUCCCGUCCAAGUUGCUCAAUAGUGUGACUCCAGUCGAGGAGGCUGACAUCAGACUCUUGUGUAACCCAUGAGCACAGCAAUGCCAGUUUUGCAAACACAUUCCGUAAUUUUAAAAUCUCACCAACGUGUUAUAUAUAGUUCAAGGUAGUUUUCCGAAGUAUGAACUCACUUGUGUGCAGAGUUACUUCCUCUUUAUUCAAAGGAAAGAGGCAAUAUAAAGAACGUAGUCAGGGGCAAUAGAGCUUCCACAAAAAGGGUUCCAUCUGUUUGCAGAAGAGCUGGCAACCCAGAUGCUCCUGGAAGGGGAGGAGAUUUGUCUCCAAUUCCUCCUUCUGCUUCCCAUGCCAUUCUGGAGAGUCUUCCACUCUCCUAAAGUAAAUGAUAGCAGGCUGCAGUGGGAAAAGAAAUCAAUGGCAAUCACUUUCCUUUUUCCGCGAGUAAAAGGUUCUGUGAGUGGAACUCUGCUUCUGGAAUCUCAGAAACCAUCCUGUCAUAUUUGUGGCAAGCAGACUUUUUUUGCUCAAAGGAAUAAUUUCAUUUAUUGCAGGUGCAUCAGUAUAGCAGGCAGAGUUCCAUAGUAGGUGCUAAUGGAACAGAUGAGUGGCUUUUCCCACAAUAUCUAGGAUUCCAAGUCUCUUUCCCUGGAGUUCUUCAUGUCUGAAAGUUGUUGCAUCCAAUUUGAUUAUACAUUGUACUUGUGAUAGCAUAGUGUUUCAGCAAUUGGCAUGUGUUUUGUAUUCUGCUCAUCUCUGCCACUUACUUUAUUACUUAGAUACAGUUCAUACAUAACCUGACUGCCCAAUCUCUCCCAUGGUGAAGGAGUAGGAAUAUGUCCCUCUCCUCCCAGAGUCACUUCCUCCCAUAGUGUAUGACACAACGGCUGCAUGUACAUCAUAUUCACCCUCACUUUACUUGCAAUCUCAACAUGUUUUAGAAAAUCCCCAUAAGUUGGGUUCUUCCCUGUGAUUCUGUAUAACCACUAGGGAUGGAGGAGAAAUCAAUUCACACUUUCUGAAAAAAAUACACAAACAGAAGCACAUCCAUCCUUCAAAAUCUGCACUUCUCUGAAUUUUGCAAAGCAGCUCUCUAGCCAAGUAAUGUGUACAAAACUGCACAUAUUAGGGUAACUUGUGCAUAAAAGCACAUGUAUUAGUGAAAAUAACAUACAAAAAUGUGUUAUGUAGAAGAAGGCCUCUUUGCAAAAAAGUGUAUGUUAGGCACAAUUGCACACAAGCAUAUACGUUAGGAAAAAUUCACACUAAAAUCCUUAUGAAAUUUUAUUUAUAUAUAACUCUAACUCUUACUCUACCUAACUACACACACACAUAUAUAUAACAAAGGGAUGUACAAAUGUGGAGAACUGAACAUCAAUCUGGAAAAAUUAGAAACAAAAACUGAAAGAUUCAUCCAUCCCUAAUUACCACACAAGUGAUUUGAGAGAGCUCCCAAAAUAAUGUUUUUGGGGUCCAACUCAAAGCUGGAGACAAUUUUCUAGGGGGAGUUGCAAGCAGCAAAAUACAAAUACAGAGACAUUUUCCACUUCCAUUAUAAAAUUAAAUUUCUGACUUCCAAAUUAGAGUGCUUUCUGAAUAAAGGCAGAGCUCAUUACCUCAGCCAAAUUUGAGUGGCCCAAUGAUGCCAGGUGGUCCUGAGAGUUUGGCUGAGGAACAGGCCUUAAGUGACUAAGCACGUGGUGAACAGUAUAGUUCAAAAGUAUUGUAUAGAGGUGUUUGCUAGUGGUGGUAACUAAGGAAGGGACUGUGGGGGACUAGAAAGCACAUGAGGGAUUCUUCAGAAAAGUAUGGGAUUUGCUCCAAAUAGAUCUUAACAUGAUGUUGCGACCUCAGUUGCUUCUCCUGUAUUAGAAUGGAAGUGCCAUAUCACUGCUACUCAAUCUUCAGCCAGUACAAUGUCUGACAUGGAAGCUUACAACCUGAACUCAUAAAUUAAGAAUGUCUACUCUAUUAAAUGACUUCUAUAAUUAUUGCCAGCUUCAGCACUGAAAUGUAAGCAAAUAGGUUUGUAUGCCUGAAAUGCUGUGUUCUUUUUACAGCAAAUCAGUUUGGAUGAUAUUCUAGAUCUUUGCCAGAUGUGACAAAGGAACACUGAAGCCCAAAGCUUGCUUAUCCUUAAAUCACCCCUCUCACUCCUUUCCCCCUCACACACACACACUCCCCAAAGUGGGGAGAGAGAAAGAUUUGAAUUCUGAUCUUUCAAGAUAAAUAUUAAUUUUUAAAGCUCUGCUGACCCUUAUUACAUUAAAAUCAGUAUGAGUAGAUUUUAAAAUGCUGGCGCUAAGAACAUAAAACCUUUCCUAAGUCCCGAUUAUCAGCACAAAAGACCUAAUGUAGUGACGUCACCUUGGAAAGAAGGCAAGGAUAAUCUCCUGCUCAUUGCCACAUUAUUGAGGAACUGAGAGUAUUUCUGAUGAAUACACCUCUCGGCUCAUACAUAUGCUUAAUUAGGAUUGACUUGGAACAGGAUUGACGGUGCACAGAUGGAACAAGUUACGGAUUGUAUAAGCGGCAAUGUCUCUGGUUUUCAGCGUGGUUAAGUGUCUUGUCUUCCUACUGUACUGCAACACUUUCCAAGCAUUUUUGAAUAUUUAACAAGUCUCCAAUGGUGAUUUCCUCCAGAACCAGAUGUCGGCUUUGCAACUUUCUGCAGUAUAAAGUUGACAGAAAAGGGUGGGGGGAGGAAUGGAGGGAAAGAGGCACAGAUGCGAGACGGCAAUCCUAAUCACACUUGCUAACGAGAAGCUCCACUAAAUCGCAUGGGGAAUUACUUCCAAGCAAAUGUGCACAGGUUUACACCGUCAGUGCUAAGUAAGAAUAUGAUGGUUCCUAGUGUCACAUUAUUUAUUUGUUGUAAUUCAAUAUAUACUAAUAAGCUGUAUUGUGGUUUGUUACACCUGCAUAUUGAAGGUGCAGAUGGGAUUCCAGAUUGCACUACUCUUCCUGAUUGCAUGCCAACCACAACAUUUUGUUUGCUCCUUAUCAGCAUUCUUUAGUCAACCUUUAAUUGCUGGAAAUUCUUUAAAAAGAUGAAAAGGUGGUGGGAAAGCCUUCCAAAGAUUGCAAUUUAUUUUUAAUGGCCUGCUGUCUGACUGCUAGAGGGAUAAACAACAUUACACAGAAUGCAGCAGCCAACAGCUCCAUUUCCAGAAAGUUAUUAAUAAUUGUGAAGAGAUCCAGUGACGUGCAGCAGAAACUAGGCUCAGACAGUUGGCAUGGGGGGGGGAUAGCGGUGAUGGCAAAUGCUUAUAACCUUUCCUUUGUUUUGGCAAAAGUGCUCAUCUCUCUACAUCUACUUGCAAGUUGGGAAAUGCGGGGAAAAUAUUUGUUUACUUAUUCAAGAAUUAUAGAUGCAUUAGCCACAAUACUGAAUCAGGCAUGUGCCCUAUGGCUCAUAGGGCUGUCAUCUGAGUGCAAGGCUCCCUUUCAGCUUCUAGGGGUACCAAUGGGAAACCCAGAUCAAGGCACGAGGUGCAAACUGGAUAGAGUUUUAUUUUGUCUGGGUAGCAUCAAACAUCCCUACUCUAGCAGCUCUAGUGUGUUUGUGGAGCUUUCCAUGUUUAUGUGUAUUAAUCUAUGUCAAGGAUGGGCAGGGACAUUCUAAGGAGUUGGUUAGGUUGGCCCCCACCAAGGGCGCAGGCUCAGGGAGGCACAAAAAUUGUGCCUCUGGCUCAGAGUGGCUAGUAGCCCGCUCGUCUCCCCAUCUGCAUGCUCCCUAGGGCGCUCCUACACUGCUCUGGGCAGCCAGAUGAAGCAUGCAGCUUCCUCUGGGCAUCUUGGCAGAGGAAUUUGGUCACUGGUUUGGGCCAACACAGCAGCCCCCCAGUGCCCCCUCCCCAGUUGGCUGGCGGCACUGUUAGAAAUGUGAGCAGAGUGCUCAGGGAAGAAAGAUGAGAGAGCGAGCAAGAGUUGCAGGAGGAUGAAAGAAGGGAGGGAGGGAGGGAGGGAGGGGGCAGAAAGGAAGGCAGCAAGUGGAGAGAGGCAAUCAGGCAGGCAGGCAGAUGGAAGAGGAGGAGGAGGGGAAGAGUGGAGCAGACCCUGAUGACCAUGGAGGAAGUCACUGGAGGAGCACGAAAGGCGACGAAAAGCAAACUUUUUUCCCGUUUUUGGUCCAUAGUCUGUCCCAGCUUUGGAGGGGCCGAUAUGUCUUCUUGCCAAGAGCACAGGGGAGCCUAGGUACACCUCUGAGAGUGGGGAACAUGUAACCCUCCAGAUACUGUUGGACUACACCUCUCAUCAUCCCUUACCAUUGGGUCACGCUGGCUUGAGCCAAUGGGAGUUGGAGUUCACCAACUUCUGCGGUGCCACAGGUUCUCCAACCCUAAUCUUUUUCUCAUUCUCUUCCAUGAGCCUGGGAAUGUUCCUUGGAUGCCAGGGUGGUUCACAAUUAAAUGAGUGGAUUAUUCCAGGGCAUAAUUAUCAGGACAGCCCCUCCAUGCAGAAGUUCUAAGAGCACAUCAGAGCCCUCCGGGAUUUGGAUCGUGCCUUCAUUAGAAGUUAUAAUUUAUAAUGAGUGUUACAUCUACUUAUUCUCAGGAGGCCUCUCCUUUGUUUCCGACUUAGCUAAAGCUUCAGAGUCCUGCUGUGUGUCAUGCUAAACACAGAUGCAAUACGUUCAAGGUUCAGUCGCCAGCUUUUCCAGGUAGAGUUGAGAAAGACUCCUGACUGAAAUCCUGGAAAGUCACUGGCCAGUUUCAUCUUUCAGAAAAAGCAGGUACACAGUGCACCAAUCAGGACUGGGGUCACAGGGAAGUUGGCUUAACUCUUUCCUGUACUCAGUUUUACCCACUGAAAAUCCCCACCACUUGUUAUUUCUUCCAAAGGUGCUGUUAGAAUAACGUGUAGCUCACCCCCUCAAUCUGUACUAGGUAAAGGUAAAGGGACCCCUGACCAUUAGGUCCAAUCGUGACCGACUCUGGGGUUGCGGCGCUCAUCUCGCUUUAUUGGCCAGGGAGCCAGUGUACAGCUUCCAGGUCAUGUGGCCAGCAUGAUUAAGCCACUUCUGGUGAACCAGAUCAGCACACGGAAACGCCGUUUACCUUCCCGCCGGAGCAGUACCUAUUUAUCUACUUGCACUUUAACAUGCUUUCGAACUGCUAGAUUUGCAGGAGCAGGGACCGAGCAACGGGAGCUCACCCCAUCGUGGGGAUUCAAACUGCCGACCUUCUGAUUGGCAAGUCCUAGGCUCUGUGGUUUAACCCACAGCGCCACCCAUGCCCCCAAUCUGUAUUAGCAUCACAAAAUGUAAUAUGGGAAGUCGUCCUGACUGUGAUCUGUCAUGGUAUCAUCCUGAGAGAUGCCCAAAAGAUAAAAUGUGUGUUCAGGUGUUCAUCUGAACAUGUGUGAGCUAAAACUGGGGAUGGGGGACAUAGGUAUGCAUACAAGCUCCACACCCCAGCAGCCUGGUACUCCUCUCUCAGUCCCCAGCAACAACUCCCAUCAGCCCCAGACAUUUGGGCUGGUGAAGGCCGACAGUUAAGGAAGUGGUACAUUUCUAAAUAACCUAUUCAACCGUCCCCAAAAACCCUUUGUGUGCUUGUAUUUGAAGGAUGCCAUUGAAACACCAAACUGCCUUAUCUCACAGGAAUGGCAGGUGCUCCACACUUCCACAGACUGAAUCCUUCCACUUUAAGGAUGACAGGGCUACUGGGCAAAAAAAAUAUGACUCCAAACAGUCAAGAACAACACGGCUAGUGACCUCUUCUCUAAACAGUGCAGUGAAAAGCUGUGACAGAAUAAUGUGGGCAGAGCCAGGAAGGUGCCAAGACUGAUUACACAAUAAUCCUAUCAUUAUACAUGUAUGAACUUUAUUCCCUUUCUUCGUUCUGCAAUACUUUUACAGCAGUCGCUUUCCACUUACUUAGGGUUUAAUUUGAAGGGAAAGGAGGUGAAGACUCUUCUUCAUAUACUGCAUAGUAGGAUUCAAAUACCGUCUAUUCUAUUGUGGACCAAAUGUCUUGAACAGUGUUAUUAUUGCAUUUAUUAUUUUUUAGCCUCAUAUUUCCUUUCAGGAGCUUAGGCUGGGUAGACAGGGUAGACAGACUUCAGACUUGUUAAAUCUACUUUGCUUUUUAUUAGAACCUGAAGUGUUUGAACAACAUGCACUUUGCAACAUUUGAGAAGUGGUCUUCCUCAGUUAUGAGAAGGGCCAUAGCUCAGUGGUAGAGCACAAGUCUUGCAUACAAAAGGUCCCAGGUUCAGUUCCAAAGCAUCUCCAGGUAGGAUGGUGAUGGACCUCUUUCUGGAAUCUUGUAGAGCUAUUAUCACCAUAAACCAGAGGUUGGAAGCCUAUGAUCCUCAAGGGUUUGUUGGACUUCCAGCAGCCCACAUGGCACAGCCUACAUGGCCAAUGUCUCAGGAAGAUGGGAGCAGGAAGAUGGGUCCAACAACAUCUGAUGGACCACAGGUUAACUACCCCUGGAAUGGGCAAUGCUUAACUAGACGGCAUCUCCCCAUCUUUCACACCUCUCAGCUUUCUGAGCCAUGGAUCCAUACUGAUCAAAUCAGUUACUAGACUGGGGAGUGAUAACUGCCCCCUCAGCACACUGUCACAGCUUGUAGCAAUAUUGCAAACCAUUAAAGGGCAUUUCCAUGCUGAUACAUUACAGUUAGCAAACAGUAAUGUUACAUGAUCAUACAUGUACAUCAGGGUUGGAGAACCUAUGAACUUCCAGAGGUGGUUGGACAACAGCUCCCAUCAUUCUCAGCCAGCUGAUGGUCACAGGUGAUGGGUGUUCGCUUGUAUGUAUGUAUUAUUAUCAUUAUCUAUGUAUUACCUGCCCUCCACCCUAAGGUCCCACGGUGAGUUACAGCAUUAAAACACAAUAUUAAAACAACUUGCAAUCAUAAAAAUGUAGCCCAACAACACCUGGAGGGCCACAGGUUCCCCACUCCUGAUAUACAUAAUGCACAGUAGUGACAUAGGGCAUACCAGGAGUAAAAUGGGGGUGGAACAAGGCAUUGUUCACCUAUCCACUUUACAAAUUGGUUUUUAACCAAUAGGGACAUGACUAUGUCUCUGUGCAGACCUACACAAUGUAGUUGAAAUAUAACAACAACAUACAGGCAGUACAGUAAGGUGGAUGCUCCACUCCAUUAGUCAUGGAAACCACAGUGCAAGUCAAUCCUUACUGAGUCACUGCUAUGCAAAUCUUUCAGAAUUAGAAAUUAUAAGGAGCUGCGGCCUUAUAUUGAGGCUCCUUACAUAUUAACCCACCUACAAUGUCAUUGGGCGGGUGUAGAUGCAGCCACCCCACUGCUGGGACCACCUACAUCUGUUUCGAAAUGGACACACUGCAAUGAGCUUUUAUUUUUGGCAUGAAUCCAGCUUCCCACGAAGUACUUCCUCAGAGGAAAAAAUAUGCAAUACAGUGGUACCUCGGGUUAAGUACUUAAUUCGUUCCGGAGGUCCGUUCUUAACCUGAAACUGUUGUUAACCUGAAGCACCACUUUAGCUAAUGGGGCCUCCUGCUGCCGCCACACCGCCAGAGCACGAUUUCUGUUCUCAUCCUGAAGCAAAGUUCUUAACCCGACGUAAUAUUUCUGGGUUAGCGGAGUCUGUAACCUGAAGCGUAUGUAACCUGAAGCAUAUGUAACCCGAGGUACCACUGUAUGUCUAGAUUGUAUGUAGACUAUGUAGAACCAAAUAAGAAAACUGAAUAAAAUGUUAUGUGUAUGCAACCCGAGUCAGACCAUUGGUCCAUCUUGCCAUCUACACUGAGUGGCAGUGCACUAUAGGAUUUCAAUUAAAGGCCUUCCUGGGGAUGCCAAGGAUUGAACCUGAGACCUUCUGCAUGCAAUGCAGAUGAUCUACCACUGAGUCACAAUCCCUCACCUCGAAGACUGAAAAACUUUGGGAAAAACAUCACACAAUCAGACUUCACCCCCGCCCCAGUGGGGUACACAAAGUACAUUCACUAUGUAGGUAAAUUCUAAAACAAAGGUUUGGCACUUUCAAAUAAAUAUAGGGAUGUUUUGACCAGGCAAAGAAAAUUUUGCGUGGAAACAUUAUUCUUUUCUAGAUCUAGCUUCAGCGUGAUCCAGCUUUUCUAUAAUUUAUGAUGUUUGUUUAAUCCAGAGUUUGAAUCCAAUGAAACAAAGGAAAGAACAGUUGCCAAUUAAAAAAUAAUAAAGUACUGCUGAGAAACAUCUUUAAAUGUUCUUAGGAUUCAUGUCAAACUCUCAGAAAACUUGGACUGGAAAUAGUGCAAGAAAGGAAUUACUAUGAUUACUUUAGAAGCCUAACUGUAAGGGAAAACUGAAUUUAUUGAACAUUAAAAAGACUAACAACUGAAAGACCAACAAAUACGAAUGUGGAAAAGUCUCAAGAGUUUUUCCCUGUAAGAAGUGGAGGAAGAAGGGGGGAAAUUCUUUUUCUUUUCCAAUUAAAAGCUUAUUAACUUAUUAGAGAAUGUAUGGGAAUACUGUGGCCAGGAUUCAAUGUCUUGCACCACUAGUUCCACGCACUCGGUGGGACUUGGGGACUGUGUUCUUCUAACAACAUCCCACUAUGCCACAUGGUAAAUCACUUUGGAAACAGAAAGCACUUUCUAAAAAAUAUCAAAAUUCAACUGAGCAUACCCAAACCCCUGAUGUGCCUAAUGCUGCAGUUUGGAUAUGAUUCCCUUUUGGAUUUCUCUCUCUCAUACAUAUAUAUAGAGGGGGGGGAAGAGUUCUAAGAUGUUUCCAUCAGUUGAGAAAUCAGUGUGGGUUGCCCUGAAAUACUACCCAGUGAGUAUCUCAAUCUUGAGAGUUGAUAUCCUGAUGUUUUUGCACUGCUACCAUUUGUGUCUGGACAGCUAUAGCACCACAAAAUCAGGACCAAAAAACAAUAACCAGAACUUUUGUAAUAUAAAAAGUUACAGGAUUUCAGUAGGAAGUUACAGCAUGCGUACUGCUUGGAAAUGAACCAGUGUGACUUCCCAAAACCUAUUGAGGUGCAAACAGUAUUGAAUGAAGGUUCGCAUGUGACUGUCUUAUGAGCAUGAAUCAUAACGAAUGCACAACAGGACAGAUUAAAUUACACAAUUGAUUUUCUCUGGAUUGCACAGAUUGGCCUCAUACAAAAAGCAAACUGAGUUGUCAGUGAUCGAAUUGAUAAGCAGCCUAUGAGUCUCACACACUCACACAAUAAAAUGAAAUAAAGGAAGUAUAGAUUGAUAGCUCUUUGGCACUGCACUGUAACAUAUAAGAAGUGGAUUUACCCCUUGGGAAUUGUAGUCCAAAGUGUGAGCCACCCUUUGAUCUUCUCACGAUGAGCAGUAUAGAAAUUAAUUAAUAAAUAAUAAUAAAGAAAACUGGGCCAGCCCUAACAUUAGGCAUGGUGGGACAGCCUAUCUCAGAAAAAUGAUUGUCUGGUGCAUUGUAACAACAAAUGGUCAAUUAGUUUAUUAUAAAUUUUUUUUUACCACCAUGGUGGGGUGCACUGUUUGUACUUUUUCUGCCUGAGCAUAUCUACAAGGGAUAGUGAGGGAUAGCAGACACACCCACAAACUAUUUCCUGUUAUCCCAAACUAUUGCCCAUUGCCCUCUUUCCUCCUCAGUUUUCAGUAACAGUAUAUUAUGUUCCCAUAUAGCUUGAAUCAAAUUCUUGUUCUGUUAAUAAUGAUCUUUGCAACACCUUCAUUUUCCCUGACUAACUUUUUUUAGAUUUGCUCCUGUGUCUCACUAUUAGGAAGUGGAAGAAAAAAAUGUUUUCUUCUUUACCAUUCAUUUCAAAAUGCAACAAAGGUCUGCAGUACAUUUGAUAGUAUUUCUCUGAAAUUAUUGCAGUCAGUGGAAUUAUAGAGGUGUCGGUGACACAAAAAUAUUUGUCAAGUAACGAUUAGAGAUGUAAAGAUGAAUUCUUUAUUGACAGUGGUAUUUGGCAUAGAAUUUAGAUACUGGGGAAAAAUCAACCUUUGAUAUUUUUUCCUGUAUAAAGACCUGGAUUUUUAAAUAUUGCUAAUGUGGAUUCAUAGCCCACUGAAGGGUUGAACAAAACUUGUUGAAUAAAAGCAUUGUAUGCUGAUUUCUGCUGAUGUUGAACUUUGAUGCAUCUCCAGGGUAAGGGAAUUCCAAGACUGUUGAGAGGAAGAUAUCAAGAAUGCCCAGCAGUUCAAUCCUAUGCAGAAUUCUUACUGAAUUCAAUGGGAUGCUUGAGGAAUUUGUUUUCUGUGAAUUCUGAUAGCAGCUGGUCCGAUCUGUGUAUCCCAGAAUAAUGUGUGAAUCAGAAUGCAAUUAUCCAUGAGAUUUGUGAAUUAGUACGUUGAAAUAUACUUGAAAUUUGUGAAUUAGUACAUUGAAAUAUACUAAAGUACUCAGCUUAAAAAAAAAUCCAUAAGAAAUACAAUUCUCAAAUGAAAGCCAAACCAGGAUAGAACAGACUUAGUAGUUAGCAAUUCAAUUCAAUUUGCAUAUCACUUCACACUGCCAGAGUGUGUUUUACAGGAGCAGCAUACAAAUAUACAAUAAAAAUCCAUUAAAACAAGACAAAUAUACUAAAAGUGGCAAGAUGCAAAAGUGACACAGACCAGAAAUAGAUCAGUCUGUCCCUACUGCAAAGUAGAGGUGUAUACAGCCUCUGUGUCCUUGCCAUCCUGAUUUGGCUUUUGGGUGAUUUAAAAUAACUCAACUGUAUGCAUCAGAGCCCAAUGGUACUUUGGGUGAGUGCUCACAAAAGGCUCCAGUUGCGUGUCGAGACCCCGAGACCACCCCCUCAUUGAUGAAUAAGGCACUGGCUGGCAGGUGAAUGACAUGGCUGGGAACCUCCGGGGGACACGGGACUCCAUCCCCUGCCCCCAGAGGGGAGUGGGUGGCCACGUGGUCCACCGCAACUCCUCCCCACUGGGAAGUGGAGCGGAUUUGUCAGGAGGCAGACUGAGGAGAGGUGUGAGAGAGUGAGAGGAAACAAAAACAGGAAGAAUACAACAAAUGCCAUAAAAUAUUUGGCCUUACUGUUCAUUUCUGAACCAAAAACACGACAACUGGCUUCAUCAGCUUCUAAUUAUGUUAUCACAGUCCUUAAUAAAUCUGGCAAUUCCCUUUUUUGUGUCCAACACAGCAUUUUUCUUGCCAAAGUAUCAUAUUUGUUUUCUGGCAACCUUCAGCUUUCCAGCCAUGGAAUCUGACCUAGGCUUGUAAACUCUGACGAGCUGGCAACACACUCGCCCUCUAGAGCAUUAUAUUGGUCUAAAGCAAUACAUCAUAUCAGCUCCCACUCUCUUGUUGGCCUUUAUCUCGAAAGAAUCCUGAACACUAUAAAAAUUUCCGCCUCAGAUCCCAGAUCAAUACUGCCUAUAGGUUCUGCUUUUCACACCAGCACAGCUGGCUCCAGAAACUACUGUGUUGAGGAUAGAGGCCAUAUCAUGCGCUAUGUAGACUUAAUAGCUUCCCAUCAGCAGCAGCCUUAGAAAGAGGGCAUAGUGCAGUGCAACUAUGUGUGAGAGUAAACACUUUCCAAAGUACAGAGUUUACAGCAAGAUUGGGAGAAUGAGAGAUAAAAAAAAAAAACAAAGAUUAAGCAAUUUGGGAAAGAGGCGGGGGGGAACUGCUACUGGAAGCAGAUUCCUCGAAGAGGAACGUCUAUUGCCCUGUUUGAUUGUGAGACAUGUCUAGCAACCAAAUUAAAAAUUAACACAACCUGUUGAUUUUAUAACCUAUUCUUCCGUAAUGCGUGCAAAGAUGUUGGCAAGGCUUUCUGUGAAAGACCAGGGUCAUCCAGGUGCUCCAAGAUGGGCAACAACCUCAAACAAAUAUUAGAAGAGCCCCCUAUAUUCAUUCAUGAGAUUUAUGCCCUGCUUCCCAGACAAAGCUCCCACACUUCACUGUCAGGAAGCAUCAAGAUUCUGCAAAUCACCAAGAACAGCCAUCUCCAACUUGGUGAGCUCCAUAUGUUAUUGGACAACAACUCCCAUCAACCCUGACUGUUGAGUCUGCUGCCUGGGUGGAAGGGAGUUGUGGUUCAAAGCAUCUGGAGGACCCUGGGUUAGGAUGGGCCAGCCAUGGGGGUGUGGUGGUCCCAGAGGACCACCAAUGAACAAUUAUUGAGAAUUAUGCUUGCCUCUACCUGGAGCUUGAUUCCAUGUCCUCCUAGAAAUGCUAGGAAACAGGAAACACAUGGGCCAUAGAUGAUUUCAUUCACAUUGUUAGUUGUUCUUAGCAGAGGACUUGGUGAUGAAGCUUGAUAUCCCCUGGCAUUCUGAAAGAGAAUUAACUAAUCAAGGCUGUAAUUCAAUACUCACUUAUUUGGGAGUAAGCCCCACCAAAUUUAAUGGGACUUAUCUCUGAGUAGUGUAUAGGAUUGUGCUGUAAACUACUUUAAAAUGUGUAUCCUGCAUUUCUUUCUGGAGGUGGGGGGAGCCAAAGCUGCUAAAUAAGAGGCAACUAAAAACUACCACCACAAAGGUCAAAAUUGUGGUGUAUGAAUAAGCAGCAGGUACAGCAGCAACUGAGAAUACAAUACAGCAGUGUUAAGAAAACAAAUCGACAACUAACCAAAGGAGGCAGGGAGGAUUGCGGACCCCCUGUUUUUCAAAAGCUAAGUCAUGAAUCCCCUACUUUUGAAAAUGUUUAUACUUCUAUGGUAGUUUCUAUGUGAAUGGUGCCUUGGAUCCUCUGGGUGGGCUACAAGGAACGCCUGGGGUCCGUGGACCACCAAUUGGGAACUCACCAACCCCAUUCUGCCUUCAUCCAGCCCUCACCUGCCUGCCUUCUUAUUACAUCUACUCCAGCUGUGGCACUGCUCAGUGUCCUUGCAGUAUUCCGCAAGGAAGAGGAUGGGGACAAAACUAGAACGAGUUUGUUCUGCUCGUCAUCGGCUCUGGCUUCACUUACCAUUGGCUCCCUGACUUCAUUUGCUGUUGGUCUCCCUGCCUUCCACCCUUCCAGUCCCAGUGAGCAUCAGCCACCACUAAAACCAAUACAGUUGUACCUUGGAUCCUGAACACCUUGCAACUUGGAACGUUUUGGCUCCCAAACUCCACAAACCAAGAAGUGGGUGUUCCGGUUUGCAAAUGUUAUUUGGAACCCAAACAUCCGCUGUGGCUUCUGCGGCUUCCAGUUGCGUGCAGGUAGCUCCUGCAGCCAAUUGGAAGCCACGCCUUGGUUCCAAGGUACAACUGUAGUAGUAAACCAAGACAGAGCCCUUAGCGGAAAAGGCAGCAAUAAGGGAACCCAGUCAGGUGACUUCUGAAAGCUUGCCCCCAAAGAGUGUUUGACAGUGCAAGCCUAUACAUUUCUAAUGAGUUUAGUGGGACUUACUCCCAGGUCUGUGGGGUAGAGAAUUGCAGCCUUAGCAUUCUGAUAGAUACUUUAUAUUCUCCUUGCAAGCUCAGCAUACAUGCUCUCUUGUGAUAACUCUCUUAGGAUUUAUGAGAACAAAAUGUUUCACAGUAAGUUUUCUUUAAAAAAAAAUCAGUGUUUAAUGCAAAUAAGUUCAUUCAACAUGUAAACAUAUGCUACAUUUGGCAAAGAGAAACUGUUGCAAACACACUUGUUUUACAACUGUUGUUGCUAAAAUUUAAACGCAAGUUUAAAACAAAGCCCUCAGGAGGUAAAAUCCAGAGUGGGCUUUUAAAAAAAAUUAAAUGAGACUGAAGUGCUUCAUCAAGAGUUUGCAUCUUCGUUGGUGACAUAACCAGUAGGGAAUUUUUGUUCAAAGCAAGAAUAUAAAGUAGACAAGCAGAGCUUGCAACAAAACGUUGCCAGGCAAAGCGUUCCUCUUUCCAGGAUACAGUGGUACCUUGGGUUACAGAUGCUUCACGUUACAGACGUUUCAGGUUACAGACUCCGCUAACCCAGAAAUAUUACCUCGGGUUAAGAACUUUGCUUCAGGAUGAGAACAGAAAUCGUGCGAUGGUGGUGCAGCGGCAGCAGGAGGCCCCAUUAGCUAAAGUGGUGCUUCAGGUUAACAACAGUUUCAGGUUAAGAACGGACCUCCAGAACGAAUUAAGUUCUUAACCCGAGGUACCACUGUACUACAAUCUAUGUCCCAGGAAAGAAGGAACUAUGUUGCCUGCUGGGCUGAAUCCUGAACUCCUCCGCCCCCAGCCAGUUACUUUAGAAGGCACCUGACAACACCAUAUCAUUGGGUGGCCCAUUUUUUAUUUUAUACUGUGGCUGCAAGGGAAGAUCCUAGCUGAUCCAAGUGGGACUGGAUCAGCUGAACGACAGCAACUUCCAGUUCUGCUUGGUUGAACUCUAUUCCAAAGUUCGCAACUGGAAACUCCAGAGUGUAGCUGAUCCCAGCUGGCCCUACUAUUAGACAGAGUGAAUCGCCCACCUCAGGUGGUAGAUGCUGAAGGGCAGGAAGCAACAGGAACAAAGCUAUGAGAGCCACAUGGCCCUAGCUUACACCUGCAAAACUAGCCUGUCGCCCUCAGCUGCAGUGGAGAACUCUGCCUCUUGUCAGAGUGUGGGAGUAUCCUGUCCUUUACCUCAGCCAGCAACAUAUCUUGGACCGGCCCUGUCUCAGAAGAGAUGGUUUAGAAGAAACCACGGUCAGAACUGUCACACAAAAAGACAUUUAUUAUUUCGGGCACUCUGACAAUUCUCUUAAAUUUGACUAGUAUGCUCUAGCAAACCAUUUGAGCAUAAUGGCUAUAUUGUUUCAAAGGCAGCUGAAUCACACUUACUAAUAAUUGCCUAUGGGUACUCUGUGGGGUUUGCUUCUGAGUAAAACUACGAAGCACGUGUCUGCAAAGAUUCUGAACAUCUUGGUUUACUGAUGCUCUGUCAGAGAUGCAAUGCAGGAGUUUCCAUUUCUGCUGUUAAUGCCUUGGAUUUGAUCUAUAAAUCUGAACAGCAGGAAACGUAGUCUGCAGAAGGAAAUGGCUAGGAGGUACAAAAGUCAAUACAGCACGUUGCAAACUUUCUCAAAACACUGGCUAGUUAGCAUGCUGUAUGACACACAAAAGCAAUGGCCAAGCAGUUGUUUGUUGCACCAACAGUUAGCAUAGAUGCUGGAAAAGCAAUGUCCCAGGACCUCUGUAAUUCUGCUCUUUGUACUAGCACACAUACUGGUUGUGGGGAAUGUACCACCACUUCAAGGACUCAGUGUGCUAGAACCACCAUCCCUAUGUGCAUUAUUAAUAUCCGCAUUAAUAAUCAGCAAAUGUCGGGCUUCUUCUGCCCACUCAGCUGAAAAUGCAAAUUCUUUGAUGAAUACUGAUUCUCCAUUUUAAGUAGUGCAAUCAAGGCUGGAUUAGUCAUUAUCCUAAGUACCGUAUUUUUCCGGGUAUAACAACAACCGCAACAAAAAAAUUGGGGGGGGGUUGCCCAAAGUUGUUGAGUUUUUUGGGGGGAGAUUGCCCAGAGUUAUAGAGCUUUUGGGGGGCAAAAGGAAUGAUCAAUUCAAGAUAAUGCGUUUUCUGUGGCUUCUGAAGGCAAAUUAUCAGAAUUAUUUAGACAUUUAUUUUUGCAAGCUGGCACUGGAGAAUGGUGGUGUGACAACGGCUAGCUCUAAGUAGAGAGCCCUGCUGGCUAUUACAAGUCCCAUGGGCUUUACAUUAGUAAUUACUUGGACAAAAAAGAGUGCAAAAUGUCACUAACAGCACAAUUCUCUGCACGUUUACUUGGAAGUGGUUCCCAUUGUAUUCAAUGGGGCAUAUUCCCAAGUAAGUGUGCAUAGGUUUGCAGCCAAAGUCUUUUCAAGAUGUGAUUUGAGCAAGGUUUUUAAAAGAGCACCUUGCUCCUAUCUAUGACAACUUAAUCUAGGGCACAGGUUAAUGAUGUAAUACACUGAGAUGUGCUCUUCAUGUUGUAAUUUAUCACCAAAGCCUGAAGAACACAUGCAUGACAUGGGUAUCAGAUUAGCUUGCAUGGUACUCCUGAUCCUUCAGACCAUUUGCUCAUGGGGCUUCCAGAGCACACUGACCACCAGUCAGUUAGAAAAGCAUAGGGUGGCCAGUUACUGAUUGCCAAAAAAGAGGACAAUGAUUUGCAUAAAUUGUGGAUGUGCACCUUUAAGGCCCCAGCACUCCCUUCUUUAAGAUUCCACAGCCUUGCCAUAUACACUGGCAGGGGCUGGAUGUAUGGGGAUGGGGAGGCAGAUUGUCACACAAGCCUGGAGCUCAUGCAGCGAUUGGGCCAAAACUGGGCAUGGUGCCAUUGCAUAAUGGCAGUGCGGUCACCCCAGAAUGCUCCGGGUAAAUAGGAUAUUCGGGGGGGGGGGGGACCUAAUGAACCUAGGUAUCAAUAGAAUUAAUUUUACAUUGCUUUUAGUGGAGUUACUUUGUAGUUGUUUUUCUUUCAUUAACCACGUUCCCGUGUUCUCUUUUUUUUUUGCACUGCUUGCUCUAUUAUUACAAUUAUUUUAUUAUGAUUAUAACACAGUGCAAAAAAUGAUUCCUGAAUGAGUGAAACUCAAGCAUUCGUGUGUAUAAAAUCUAUAUACGUUAAUGCGGCCACUUAGUCAACACCAAAAAUUACGAACCGUGGCAUCAAAAAAGAAGGCUAAAGAGGUAGAAAUUUGCAUAAAAACAAAUAUGCUAAUUUAUAUGCAUAGAUGCAAAUUUAGAAACAAUGACUACAACUUAAAUAGAAAUACAACAUCUCUCACCAUAGUGGUGAACAAGACUGUGCCCAGGUGACCUGUGUGCCCUUUUUAGUCUGCUGUCCAGGUCUUAACUUUUGACAGGCAACUUCAAGACCAUUGCUGCUCCCUUUAAGGUUUUGUAGCUUUAAACUGCACCUGGACAACCCUUCAAACAGGGUACUGUAAAGUAGGACACAAAACUAUUCCAAUAUAUAGCCCUGUUUGCAGACAUGCCUCGAACGGCCAUGUGCCUACUGAACUCCAGCAAAGUUUUGGAGUUCAGCCAAUAUUUUUUAGCUACUGAAUCCAGUAAAAAAUAUUAUAGCACUUGCUCUUGUGGGCCCACUCAGCUAAUAAUACUCUAAUGUUAGUAGUGUGUUGAGGCUUUGGCCAUCUCAGACCCUCCCAGUGUCCCUAUUUUCCAGAGAUGCCCUGAUUUAGAGAAGCCAUCCCGGUUUGUGAUUUGAUCCGGGAAUGUCCCACUUUUCCUUAGGAUUCUCCCUAUUUUCACCAGAUAAAUGUUGGAGGGUAUGGAGUUAUCCAACCCCCGAGCCGUCUGAAGGCAAUCCUGUAUAGGGAAGUUUUUUGAAAUGUUUAAUGUUUAAUGAUGUUUUUAUAUAUGUUGGAAGCUGCCCAGAGUGGCAGGGGCAACCCAGUAAGAUGUGUGGGGUAUAAAUAGUAAAGUUAUCAUUAUGGAAUGGGACGUCCCUAUUUUCAUCGGAGAAAUGUUGAAGGGUAUGCCAUCUUCUCUAACAGUGACUGGUUUUUGUUAUACUUAGGUAAACCUGCAGGGUAUGGGGGCAAUAGGCGUCCACCUCCCACCCGAGGAAUAGUGGAUGAAUGUUGCUUCCAGAGCUGUGACCUGAGACAGCUGGAGAUGUACUGCGCUCCUGUUAAACCACCUAAAUCGGCAAGGUCUGUACGUGCUCAGCGCCACACUGAUAUGCCUAAAGCACAAAAGGUAGGCAGAAUAUGAUCAACUGUAACCUCCCAAUAUGUUGCAUUUGAGGAUUUCCAGCACUGAUGCAGAAGGAUGUUCAUGCGCCAUUAGUUCUUCAUGCAUUCAUGCUCCUGGGAACUCACACAGAUAACAAAAUCCAUUAUUGAAGAUUGCUGGGCAUUGUUUUAGGGAUUAUUUUCACAGCAGCGGCACGGCCAUAGUUUUUUGUUAACUUUUGUUUGUUCAUUUUCUUUAUUUAAAAAAAGAUGGUCAAGUACAAAGGGGGAUAGGCCUCCUUCACCUUUUAAUUGUUAUAGAGAUGAAAUUUCACUUAAUGCAGCUUGUCUGCCUCAAGGCUUAGAAGGCCUCAGAAUGAGCAGGCCAUGUGAAAUAACUCAGUUUUACAGCAGAGACACGUGUGAGUAUAACUUGCCAGGGGCCUAAACAAUGUUUGGCCCAGAAUGAGUCUGAACACUUUAAGGCUGGGGACAUACAAAAUCAUUAGCAGCAGGUCCUGCUAGCUUGUUGGGGCCUUGACACUUGCUCUGUGGACACUACUGCAGAACACAUAUGAAAUUUAAAAAGUGUUAUGAGAAUACCAGUUAGGCCCUAUCAUAGACCUAUGUAUAUUCCUAGAGUGCACCAGAGCAUACCCAGCAGUUCCUUGUAGCUAUGUAUGACAAAGGAAGAUCAAUAGGGGUGGACAAGCUGCCUUUCAGAGAAGAUGAUGAUUAUUAAUUAUCAUCAAUGGCAACAACACUCCUUUGGAACUCACUGCCAAUUGAGAUUAGAUGGUCCGUGUCCCCUACCCCGCUUAAUGUCAGGUGCUUGUCAAAGACUUUCCUAUUUCAGCAGGCAUUUUAAGGUGGAUUUCUGAUCAUUUGUUUUCAUUUAAGAAAAUUUGUAUAAAGCGUAACUGUAAAUAAAACUUCCAAGCAGUUUACAAAGAAUAUAAGACAUGCCAUAGAACUGUCAGUAAUUAUCAGUGUUAAAAUGAGCAUAUAAAAAGUGAAAUGAAUAAAAUCAACAGGUAAAUUGCUAAGAUUAUAGUUUAAAACACACAGCAGCUUUACAUGUCUGACUAGACUUGCCUAUGCAGAAAAGUUUUAGAUGAGCACUGGAAAAAAAAUACAGAGAAAACACCUGCCCAGUGUCAAUUCUUAAUUUUAAUUACUCUUAUUCUUUGAUUUUUAAAAACAUUUUUUUAAUAUUUUAAAAACAUUUUUAAAACACCCCUCUUAUAAAUUCUUUCUUUUUUUAAAACUACAAUCCAAUGCACAAUUAUCCAAGUGAAAUCUGUGGGUCUUAUGUAAAAAAGUAAUAUUAAACAAAAGUUUAAUGGUGGUUUUUUAAUAUUCUAGCCUUUGCCAAGUCUUAGGAACAAGGUGGCCUAGAAUUCCAAAUCAGUCAGAUAAAUGCAUUGGCUUAUUUAAACCAUCUUUCCCAGGCUGAUCAGGAGCCAGAUGUGGACCAUAAACCAGUUUGCCUCCUGCAUGAACAGACCACAGCCUGUCAAGAAAACUUAGAGUGAUCAAACUGAGACAAAUCAUCCUAUGGGAAUGAGACCAAGCUCUCAGAGUGAUUUUGUUCCAUUGAUAUCAUUGGCUGCAUGGAAAAGUCUCAUUAAGGCUGGGAGGAUAUUCAAACACAAACCAGAUGCCUCCAUUGAUUUUAAAUGAUCUCAGCUGUUCAAGUUAGUCACAAAAGUUUGUCACUCAGACAAAAGUAGCAUUUGUACACUGCACUGUCAUUGCAGACACUCCAGUGAUAAUCAAAGCAAAGAAAAGGGAUGUUAUUUCUAGAGGUUAACACCAUCAUCUCUCAUGUUCAGAGAGAGGUUUCUAAAUAUAAUAUAGUUUGUGAGGGUGAAUAACAUUUUUUUAAAAAAUAAUAAUUGUGAAGUGUGCUGAAAGGUCUCUAUAAGUAAAUAUUUUCUUUCAUUUUCAGGAAGUGCAUUUGAAGAACAUGAGUAGAGGAAACACAGGAAACAGGAACUACAGAAUGUAAGAAAAUAUCAUCCAUAAAAGUGAAGAAUGAAUGUGCCAUCUGCGGGAUACUUUGCUGUAAAUAAAUUGUCAAACAUUGGACAAAACACUAAAGUUCAAUAAGCUUGAUGAAAUUUCCACUAACGGGCAUUCUCCCAAUGAACAAUGCAAGUAAACAUUCCAAUAGAAAUCAACUCAGUGCUAAAAUGUUUCUGAGACUGGCAGAUCGCUGUUCUAAUUGUUCACCUGCUAUAAAUGUCCUACACACACACACACAUACACAGAGAGACACAAUGAAUCCUGUGCCCCUCAAAAGCCACCAGAUGUACAGGCCUUUGAUGGAUCCAAUUGCACUAAAUUAACUUAUGAACCCUGCUGUUGGAGUCAUUCACCAGCCUUGUCUAAGUGGGUUAUGUUUUUUGUUUUUUGUUUCCUAAUAUUUGCACUUCCAUACAAGCAACAGACUCUGUCUUGCAGUGUCUGAUACCAUUGUUUGUUUGCCCCUUUUAUAUUUGCACAGUUUGGCAUUCCCAGUAGCAGCGACAGUAACACGUCAAUUACAUCAGUAGCAUUCUGACAACAUAUGAGUUGCAUGCAUUCACCCUGGUUAGGGAUCCUUACAUGGUUCAAUAUGCACACAGAGCUCCUGUGUAGAAUGGAAGCACCAUUUACUUUGAAGGAUAAAGUGGCUACACACAUUACACUCUCAGUCACUGAAGUGAAUGGGACCGACUGCAUACACUUGAGCUCCACAUGUGCAUGAGAAACCCUUGUUUGCAACAAAUUGCUGGAUCAGGGUAACAGAUUUUAAGACAAAGGCUCACCACCACAACACAUGAAGAUACAAAUAGACACAACAUGGACAAUUGGGGUGUUCUUUUUUGUUGUUUAGAAUCAGUUAAGAGCACACAAAAGGCUAUCUUAAAUCCUUGGUGAUUCUUUCAGGUGAUGAGUUAUUUUGCCACACUAUAAAUAAAACGUCUUUUCCUCCAUAUAGUGCAGUAUGUAAAAAAUUUAGCAUAUCAAUAACACACAUAUAAUCAACAUUAUGUAAAACUGUUUCAUAGUACAAUGGUGCUAUUUUCUAGCUUGUUUUAUGGAAGGGUCUGGCAAAAACAGUAAGAGGUAAAAGCAAAAUAACAGUGGAGUUGGGUGAGAACUAAGCCCAAGGUGAAACGGAAGGAAUUUGUUGGAAACACAGGCAUAAUUUUAAAAAAGGCUUCCAAAUAAUUUAAAAAAAUUAACUACCAAUAUCAAGUAAUAACAUUGCUAUCCCAUACUGAUGAGAUUUUUGUCUGACUCUGUUUAUCCAGCUGAGUGGCAACAUACAAACCAAUGCAUGAUGCCACUCCAAAGAAACUGGCAUCUUGAUCUUGGCUAGUGGCAAUUUGGGAAUUAGCUCUGAGUGACAUUGAAAAGAUACAAAUUAUGGCUUGGCAACACGUGUACCCAACUGGUGCUUCCCUAGUGCGCCAGGUCCUUGGUGAUUUCCCUAAGUUCUUCUAGGCUCUGGUUUAUAACACUACUUUCUUAUCACUGUAAACUAAAUAUCUGGGACAUCAUCAAGUAAACCUGAGUAACACAACCAGAAGAAUCUUGCUGUACUGUACCACUUAGGACUGCAGAUGGGAGAUUGCAGGUCUGAAAUGUUUGCCUGUAUAUAAAACUGCCUGUAUACAGAAAAAUAGCAAUAAGGAAAAAUGAUUUUAACCUCAUUUUCUCCCUGACAUGCUACUUUUUCGUUUGCAGGGUAUUCCGUGCCCAGAGUAUUUCCAAAAUGAUACUGUCCAGCAAGAACCUCACCAUGUGAUUCUGCUGAUUAUGUAACUUGAGUCCCAGGUGGUACUACCCUCCAACUCCCCCCACCCCCAAAAAAAGAUUGCAAUACCUACCUUGGUGCUCCGUAAGACUUUGUUUAAACUGUGACAUGAAUAGGAACUCUAACUGGAGCCAAGGUGAGAAGCAAGCAAGCCACAAAUCAUUUGACUCAGUAAUGUUUUAGGAAGGACUACAGUGAGGAAACAAGCCAAUAAAUAAAAUAACAUCAUGUAAUUUUAGACUGUCCUAAAAACACUUGCAUGCAAUAAGUAUGGUAACUGCGUGCAAAUAAGCCUCACUUGCUUUCUAUGCACCCCUUCCUGGGAGAAGGUCUCAUUCAACUCAAUGGGGCUGGGAUUGCAUUGUAAUCCUGACCUGCCCAUAUCAACAAAGGCAUUCAGUUCAAUGGGACAUAGAGAGGUUUACUUUCUGCAUAGGAUCAUGCUGCAUGAGGUCAGAUUUAAUGCAAAACAGGCUCGGAUGUUGCAACAGUCUUGUGUUGGCCCUCUGAAAGGAUAUCAAUUUUAUUCGUACCUAGCAGUAAUUUUUACAUAUCUUUGGAUGGUGGCUGGAACCUAUGAAUGUAUAUACAUAUGAAGUCUUCUGCUGUAUUCAAGGCUACUCCAUUUUUACAAGCAAGAGAUAUACAAAUGAAGGAUUUGGGUGGGGCAGGGGAGACCGGUAGCAAUUUUGCUUUACCUUUUACUGAUUUGGUCAGCUAUGCCAAAGUGGUGCUAUUGUUUUGUUUAAGAAAGUACUUGACUUUUAAAAAAAACUAUAAAAGAAAGUAUAUGCAUAUUUUUUAAAAAAUAAAUUGACAAAUAUAUAGAUUUUGCUUUUUAAAAUAGAAACAUGCCUAGCCAUAAUUUUUCAACUUUUUGUCAUUUUAAAAAAGGGGGGAUUGGGGACAGUACUUACAUUUAAAAAUAAAAAUAUGAGAGAAAAAUAAAAUUGCCAAAAUUAAUACUAAUGUUAGGUGUCACAUUAUCAGAACAGAAGUGUAGGGCUUACUAAGUACUGCUGCAGCUUAAUCUCCAUUUGUUUUGGUGGGAUAUACAGGGAUACUGCUCUAACCCCAUUGGGAUGAAUGAAUGUUGCAGUACAACAGUGCUUAAUGGAUUAAAUCCGUAAGCCGCACUCAGAAGCUCCAGUGUGCCUGUGAGUGUUCCAGGACACCCUAUAAGCUCCCAUUCUGUUUAAUGGAGGGGACAACACUAUGCUUGUGACAGGAUGCCUGCAUGGAACUUUGGGUCAUGGCACAGUCCUCCACCCAUUAAAAGCAUCAUGCAUUCUUGCACAGGAGUAACAUUGGGAUUGUUUGUAUGCAGUGGUUACAUUGCCUUGGUGGAAAUCACCUUUCACUUGAUUUUAUUCAAAUCCCCUUACCCACUUAAGUCCACCACCUCCUCCAGAGUCCAUCUGGAGCAGAAUACAAUAUGGCACUUUCCACUAAGGCAAAGUCACCAUAUGGAUAUAAUCCAUUCUAAUUACACCAAAUUACAAAAACCUUUCAUCCUGGCCUUGGUUAAGACCAGAAGUCCAAAUUAUCAUUCAAAGGGUGAUAAUCCCUGGAGUGUUUUCACACAACAAGAAAGACACACUUGAGCCUUACUUGCGCCUUCUGCAUGCAUGCAUGAAGUCCUAAAACACAGAGUGCCGUUAAAAAAAAAAAACUUUUUCUAUCCAUGGUUCCUGAACUACCAAGUAAUAAUAAUAAUAAUAAUAAUAAUAAUAAUAAUAAUUUUAUUUAUACCCUCGUCCAUGUGGCUGGGUUUCCCCAGCCACUCUGGGCGGCUUACACUACAUAAAAAAUUGUAAGACAUCAGACAUUAAAAACUUCCCUAAACAGGGCUACCUUCAGAUGUCUUCUAAAAGUCAGAUAGUUGUUUAUUUCCUUGAUUGGAGGGCGUUCCACAGGGUGGGCGCCACUACUGAGAAGGCCCCUUGCCUGGUUCCCUGUAACCUCACUUCUCGCAGUGAGGGAACCGCCAGAAGUCCCUCAACACUGGACCUCAGUGUCCAGGCUGAACAAUGGAGGUGGAGAUGCUCCUUCAGGUAUACUGGGCUAAGGCUGUUUAGGGUUUUAAAGGUCAGCACCAAAACUUUGAAUUGUGCUCGGAAAUGUACUGAGAGCCAAUGUGGGUAUUUCAGGACCAUAUGUCUCCGCAGCCACUCUCAGUCACCAGUAUAGCUGCCGCAUUCUGGAUUAAUUGUAGUUUCCGAGUCACCUUCAGAGGUAGCCCACACAUAGAAUGCAUUGCAGUAGUCCAAGCAGGAGAUAACCAGAGCAUGUACCACUCUGGCAAGACAGUUCACAGGCAGGUAGUAUCUCAACCUCCGUACCAGAUGGAGCUGGGAGACAGCUGCCUUGGACACAGAAUUGACCUGCACCUCCAUGGAUAGCUGUGAGUCCAAAAUGACUCCCAGGUUACACACCUGGUCCUUCAGGGGCACAGCUACCCCAUUCAAGGUCCCCCACACCUGACCCCCCAAAACAGUACUUCUUUCUUGCCAGUGAUCCAUGCAUAGAAGCCUACUUACAUGUAUGGAUCUCCUUAGCUGGGCUGAGACAAAAGUGUACAGUGGUACCUCGGGUUAAGUACUUAAUUUGUUCCAGAGGUCUGUACUUAACCUGAAACUGUUCUUAACCUGAAGCACCACUUUAGCUAAUGGGGCCUCCUGCUGCUGCCGCGCUGCCAGAGCACGAUUUCUGUUCUCAUCCUGAAGCAAAGUUCUUAACCUGAAGCACUAUUUCUGGGUUAGCGGAGUCUGUAACCUGAAGCAUAUGUAACCCGAGGUACCACUGUAUUGAGUUUAUUUUAUCUAUAACAGAUAACUCAAGGGUAGGCCCACAAACAUAAAACAUAUAUUUAUAGAGAAAUCGGUUUAGGUACAAAUCACAGCUACUUUUUAAAAAAAUGCCUUGAAGUGAAAAGAAAAAAACAUCCAUUUCUAAUGGGGGUGGGGAGAAGAAGUGACAUAUUCUGUAGCUUUUGAGAAAGAGUUGAAAAUAUAUGGCUAGCAUUCUGUGAAACUGAAAUUGUGUGCAUGCAUUGAGUCUGUAUGUGUGAUUUUUUUUUUUUAAAAAGAAAAACUUUAUAUGGUUUUCACAAACAUCAAAAUGUGCAAAAAUGACACCUUUAUGGUUCUUUUUAAAUGAAAGUUAAAUCUGACUGGAGAUACUUUGCAUUUAGAUAGGGGGGAAAUUGUUCUGAUGAAAGUAUACUCAGUCUAUUUAAUGUGUUUCAAAACUACUUUUAGCCUGGAAAUGAAUUGUAGUAAUUUAUUAAAGACACAAUAUAUACCACUGAUUCCUCUUUUAAAAAUAUCAUUGCAGUCCAAACAAGUAUACCGUAUAUUUUAUAGUUUAUUCAAAGAGACUUUCCGUUGUUCUGGUUUCAAAUGGCUUCUCUAGUUUAAAUGCCUGUGCAUUUGAUGAUUAUUUUUAAAAGGGGGAUUAGGAUUUUUUGCUCUAUUUAACAAGUCACAAAUCUUCAUUGGUGACUUUCCUCACAAGCCAUUAACUAUAUAGAAGCACCAUUUGGUAAAUCGUGUAAAUCAAAUUCCUGUCUUGAAGGAGAAACAAAUCCUAAAUGCAAACCUAUAUUCAUUUUAAUCCUGCAAUAGACAUUUUUCCUUAUCACACUAUUACAGUAUUCUACAAGGACUAUCAUUGCUCAAACACAGUAUCUUGUGUACAAUUUUUUUCUGUUUGACUUUUACAUGAAGGAGGUUAUAAGAAUAUCUGAAACUUGACUACAUAUAAUACAAUAUAGAGAUACCACUCUAACAAAGACAAAAUUAGACAAUAUUUUCAUUUCCCUUGAAAGAUUGAGGCUAGGUACAGAUAGUGGUUCCAGCUGACUUCAAGUUAAUUGUGACAAGUUAGUCUCAUAAACUAGCUGAAGACCUGUUGCUUUAAUGUGAUUUAGUCACAACUGCUGGAUCAGGGCCAAUAGUUUUUCACAUGCUUGAAGGCAGAAUAAUUCAACGAACACUGUCCAUAGGGCACAUCUUUACUCUCUCUGUCCCACAUUGCCACUGGAGACACUUGGGCUAAACCUAGCCCAGAGAUGCUGAGCUGGCCAACCAUCCCUCAUCAAAGUAGUUCCAAGAAAGCGAGUUGCUGGCCAGGUCACUACAGUCUCUAGUCAUCCGAAUGUUUAAAGCACAAUUAGAUUUUUGCCACCUUCCCAAGUGGGGGUGUGAAACUUGAAAUUUAAAACAUACUUAUGAAGUUGUAUUAUACCAAAUCAUACUCUUGGUCCAACUAGCCCAGUAUUGUUUUGUCUGACAGGCAGAAGCUCUGUGGGGUCUCAAAGAGGGAGAGAUUUUCUCCUCCCUACCUUAUCUUUUUACCUGGAGAUGCUAGGGAUUGAACCUGGCACCUUCUGAACCACUGAGCUAUGCCAUCUCUCUUGCCAUUUAUUACAUGGCACAUACACAACUACAAUAUGGACAGGAGAAAUUAACAUAUGUGCCCUUGGACAUUGAUAGCUCUAUCAUGCUACCUUAGAGAUAUACUAGCAUCUGUGCCUAGCUCCAUACUGAUUGCAUGAAGGGUGCAUGUUUUGAUUUUUUCUCCCACUUUUCAAUAACCUGCAACAUAACCACAACUUUCUGCUUCUCACUUGCAUUAUUUAUUUUCAGAAAUCUUAUGCUGUAGCUGUUUUCAUUGGAAUGUAUCAGCACAGCCUUAUAUUUGCAAACCAGACAUAACCAACACUUCAAAAACACGUGUUUCAUUCACUAGCACUUCUUGGAUAACUUUUCUGUGCUACUACCACAGCCAUCUAUUGAACGGUCACUGUGACAUCACGACACCUAGCCAUGCACGUUCCUUCUCUGCUCACUGGUUCCAUUUUUGAAAACUCUCUCUCUCGACAGGUUUACUUUGUCUCACGCACACCAGCUGUGCACUCCUGCUCUCCAGCAGUGGAAUACAUGUCUCUUUCAAUAUGUUUUUGCUAGGCAACCCCACUCCAAUUACACAGAAAACGAGAUCAUAAUGGAGAACGGGACUACUGUUAAUCCUGUGUUUACUACAACAACAACAAACCUGGACUAUUUGGAAAAGGCCCUUGGCUGCAGGGACAUCCUGUUUCAGACAAUAAGGAAGAUUUACCUUGUGCUGCUUGUUAGUUGCAGCCCCGUUAGACCACAGUUACACCUCUACCUCUACCUCCUGUUCAUACAUCUGGUUACCCAUGCAAUUGCCUUUGGGAAAUUGUGCAAGUGGCCACCAUGAUUUGCAUACAGCAACCUGUGUGCAGUCAUAAUUAGUUCCCAUUGAAAUCAAUGUGGAAUAUUCAUCAUGAUUAACUUUUAAAACAGGGCCAUAGCAUGACUAACUUUGCCUGGAUCCAACCCACUGUUUAUUCUUGUGGUCUCUCUUUUCUGGCAUAGUAUUGCUCACUACUCUAUAGCGUUGCCAUGAUUUCCCAAUUUAGAUCCUAAUACCAGAUAAUAACCAGAUGUUUCACAGGUCUACUUCUAACUUGCUUAUUUGCUGCUACAACUGCACAUAAUAUUGGGGUUGACACCCUACCUCUGUGUUUAAAUUUCACAGAUACCAAUGGAGUGGCUCUACCAAAUAGAUCUACUGAUAAUUGGCCACCAAUAAACAUAAGUCCAAGGAUGCAGACUAUCUGAUGCAUAAUCAAAAACAUUAUAAAAGGGGGGGAAACAUUAAAGAAAGACUAACUGAACUGAUAUAUGAAAUGUUGGUUGAUGCACUUCUUGCUGAAAAUUAAUAAAUUUCUUUUCUUUUUCUUUUCUUUUUUUGGCUGCUUCUGAAUAAUGUCUUGCUUUGCUAAGAAAGCCUGUUCAGUUUAUAAGGGUCACUAAAUGGGGUGAUUUUGCUGCUAAGUAACCUUAAAAGUAAGGCUGUAGGUUAUGUACAACUUGCAUGCAGAAAUUGGCAACAUACGCUUGGCAUGAGGAGUCAUCCUACUUUCAUUAUGGGAAGGAAACAAUGACCCUUGAAAGUGUUGACUUUCAAUAUAAAGUAGCAUUUUCCCACAUUAAAUGAAGCAGACUUAGGUUUUCUAAAGGGUAUAUGACCAGGGUACAUGACAAGGAGCCACAGCCAAUCCUGGACCCUUAAGAAUUAUAACUAUAUGGUACCCAUGUUUUUCAUUCAUUCAUUUUUUAAUUUAUUAUUUGCUUUAUCUCUCUCUCUCUUUAAAUUGCAUAAUCCCUCAAACUAAGCUACAACAGCAUUAAACCAGAAAACUUUAGUGUUGGUUGAAUUGCCCUGCCUCACUUACAUCAAUAGGGUUUGUUAUUGGUACUCAAUGGCACUGAUGAAUUAUUUCAAUGCUUAAUGUGGCAAUACACAUAGCACGAUGACUGUAGAUAGAGAUGGAUGCCCCAGUUUUGAGUACAUUCAUACAUAUUUCACUGAAGGUACUGGACUCACACAACCUGGAGCCUCACAUGUGCAGAAGUGGCCUCUAUUCUCCUUCAUGGCUGCAAAUGUUCUGUGCACAUCAGUGGGAAUCCAUACUACAUAUGCAGAACAUUUCCUCAAUUCAUGGAAAGGAAUGGAGCUGCUGAUGGCCAAGAUGUAACUUGACACAUGUGUUUAGUUGGAUGCUCCCAACAUCAGCAGUGGCAAAGAAAGCUUUACUUGAGCUUGCAGAACUUCAUAUGCCCCAAAUAUGGCAAUGGUGGUCCUAUUUAAUUGGCCUGUGGGCCGCAGCCUAUGUCCGAAUCCUGCCUAAUGAGACCUUUCUUUUUUUACUUGCAAAGGAGAAAAUGCAGUACUCCAUUGCCCUUAAUUUAUGAACAGCACUUUGCUAUUGCAGAAUGAAAUUUACGGGGCACUUUGAACAUGUCUUUGCUAGCCAAGGUUGUGUGCUGGGGAGGGGGGAGGCUCCAUGCAUGUACAUGAUUUUGCACGCCUUAAUUGUUGUUGCUACUUUCUUGUAAUCGAUUCAUUAGCUUAAAUGCCUGUUGUAAGCAGUCUACCAAAACUGUUUUGUAAUUUAGGUUUAUUUCCACUUGCAGCCCAAUCCCCAAAGCGCUCCGCCGGCACAAGCCCCAUUGAGGACUGGAGCCUUAAGCAAGGAACUUGCCUGCAUCAAACUUACACAAGGGCAAGCUUCCUUACACUAUACAGUAAAUGAGAACAACUUUUACUUUGAGGUAUGACAGAGUGACUCUGAUGCAUUUCUAACCAAUUCCAGUGAUGGAAAUCAAUUGUGACCCAAGGAGAGUAACGAAGCAACUGAAGCAACCAGCUGGUGUGUUACAGCAUGUUUUUUUCUGAAUAGGUUUUGCGAGCCAAAAACAAGAUUCCUUAGUGGGAAAGGACAUAUGCUGCUUUAAAAAAACAAUCAGAAUGUGGUGAAGUGUUUCACAUAGUUCUGGGAGACUUUGAAGUACCACAUGCUUGUUAUAAGUACCGUACAUCCCUAGAGGCACAGCUAACAACAAAACUAAAUGCAAAUUUCCAGUAUGCCUCCAGCUGAUAUUUUUCUGUACAUGUCCAGCAUAAUCUAAUCUAUAAGACAACAGGAUCAAGGACUGACUGAUACCUGGAUAAGUGACCCUCUGCAAAGCUAGAAUGUCAUAAUUAGCCAUCUAGCUUAUAUGUAUUUUUAGUUACUUAGCUGCCCAAGUGCUAAAUGUUGAGAUUAAUAUUCAUUUGUUUUCCACAAUGCCAUUCUUCCAAACAAAAAUAUGAGCUGGCCCACUUACCUUAAACUAAGAGUAUGGUCAACAUCUGAACAUGAACUGGCCCACUUACAUCUUAAGAAAAGGUAUGUGCAACCUCAGGGUUUAGAUUAUACAAGCAUGGUUGUAUGUGGGCACUUGAAUUCCUAAAAAUUCACUACUGAAAGCUAUUGACGGCAAGCAUAUAAGCAAAAACCAUGAUGAGGGACAUCGUUUGCUCACCCUGUCAGCUCCUCCCACACACCAAAAAAGUCCAUAAUCCUUGAAACACUUUGGCGGCAUAUGUCGUACUGAGAUAGAUGGGCAAUGCACCAGCACAAUGCUUUGUAGAUUGGGCUGUAAAUAUUUGGAUUUGUACGGUUUUUAUUUUCCCUGCGCUCAUUCAAAAUGCAAACUGUCAUGACCUAAUGACAAGUAAAUAAUAUUUCAUACUGUGUAUGUAACAUCAGUGUGUUGCAGAACCCCCCACCCCACCCAAACAACUACUUCAACAAUAGAACUCACCCCAUUAUUCUCCCCAUUUAGCACUGGUAAGCUUUCCACAGAUAACACAGGAAUGCCAAGUAAUGAAGGUUUUGGGGCUUGCAAAAAGAAAAACUGAUCUUACUAUUUCACAGGUCCCUCGGAACCAUUUAGCCAUGUCCCCCACUCUGUGCAAACUUUCUAACCCGGUAAACAUUGAUCCAUAAACCAAUAGUGUAUUCAUGCUUCUUAAAAGGCUCUUUAUAUGCAUUUAUCAUGAUAGGUCCAAAAGAUCUCAAGAGCUAGUUGUCUGGUUUUCAUUGUUUGUUUUUCUAAAUAUCCACUGCUGCAGUAAAAAAAUAAAAAAGGGCUUGGUCACACUGUAUAAUAAAAUAAAGACUAUGGCAACCUUAGGUUGGUAGAAUGUACUGAACUGUUUGCACCCUCUUGAGAUCCAGUCCAAAAUGUGAAACAUUACUGUAAGAGGGUAUCUUUCUAAUGUAUUUGUAUGUAUAGUUGACACCUCUGUGAGGUCUAAUAAAGAAUAAUGGUUAAUA